AUGCUGGUGAUAGAUUUGCCUGGCAGCACCUUGGUGUCUGUGGAAGAAGAGCAACAACACAGAGUAAGAAAACAUUGCCUAAACCUAAGGGUCCAUCAUUGUCCUCUGAGAAUACAAGAAUAGGCCCACGAUCUAUAGUGACUGUUGGGUUACCGUCCCAUCUUUACUAGACACAGGAUCCCAAAUGACUAUUAAAUAUUGCUUCUUCUAUGACCUCCUGAAAUUAAACCAUAGCCAAAAAGAGAAGAAGAGAAACCCUUGUGAAACCUUUGGGCAGAAGUAGAUGCCCAUGUGUGAAGAUGCCUUUCUGUUUCUAAAGAAGAAACUAAUGGAGCUCCAGUAUUGGCUUAUGCUGAUCCAGAACGCAAGUACAUCCUAUAUGUAGAUGCCAGCAUGGACAGCCUGAGUGGGGUUCUUCAACAAGAGUAUCAGAGGGCUUAAGGCCUGUUGCCUAUAUCAGUCAAAGUCUAACGACAAGUGAAAGAAAUUAUCCAAUCAGAGUUUUGGGCAUUAAAAUGGGAAAUAGUUGACAAGCUACAUGAUUGCCUCAUGGGGUACAAUUUGAAGUGAGAACUGACAAUAAUCCCCUAACAUGUAUCACAUACAGGUUGACAACGGCCAAACUAGACUUCACAGGACAUAGAUGGCUAGCUGUUUUGUCUAAUUACAAUUACUCUCUGAAGUAUAAGCUGGGACCCAAAAAUAUUAAUGUGCAGAUCCAUCUCCCCCAGUGGUGGGUAAUUAAACAUUCUAAAAAAUUGCAAGCCCAGCUAAAAGACCCGAUAGUGGGAUCCAUACUUAAGACUGUGAAGGCAAAGAACUCAGAAUUACUAAAGGCAUUGCCCCCAGAAACUCAGAGAUUGUUCCGGCAGAAAUGGAGUGGAUUUCGGAUUGAGAGUGAGCUCCUAGAUUUAGAUAUAGAUUAUUCAGUAUCAUGACCACGCUGGAGGCAGUUAGCCGUCCAUCAGAAAUAUCAGGGAAUUGUACUACGAUCCCUUCAUGUCUAGCAUGGUCACCUUAGUGUUUAAAAGACUUAUAUGUUAUUCCAAGGCUGGUUCUAUUGGCCUUAGAUGACAAUCUGUAGUAACCAUGUUGAGUUCAUGCUUACAAUGGUGAGAAGGCAUCUAUAAAGUAAUCUCCUAACUACCAGGUCUGCCUGUUUACAAAAUUUGAGAACCAGAUGGUCGCACCAAAGCAUGGCACAAAACUACUUUCUGCCACAAGAAACGUUGAUGUUCCUAGCUUCUCUGAUUCAGCCAAGGGAGAAACUUCCUGACAGUUUGGAUUUUACAGAAAGUGAAGAAACAAAACCUACUGCACCGGAGGCUUGGUCACUGUCAGACACUAUGUCACCUCCUCUGAGUUCAUCUAUUUUAAAUCCUGAAAGUCAUUGCUUUGUUCCCCAUUAGGAGAGAAGGAAUGUUGCCACAAGAGAUGCUGGUGGGCUACCUUCUAGGAGCAGAGACAGGAGACAGAGAAAACACAGACCACCAAAGAGGUUCACCUAUGACCAGGUAAGAGAACCUUUUUAUUCUCAAGAGCCUCACACUUAGUUAUUUGAGGUGAAAGAGGAAGCAGAACAACAUUAUGGAAGGAUGGAAAGUGUUUACUCCUGCAAAAACAGCAACAAUUCAUCACAUCUAGUCAGACUGCCACAUACUGAACUGUCUGGGAUGGGGGCAGAGGCAUAACUAGAAAUCUCAGGGCCCCAGUGUGAAAAUUUCCCUGGGGCACCCAAUGCAUCUCAUUUCCCCCCUCCAUCAUUCCCACCUCCAGGUCCCUCCAUGUGUCUCAUUCCCUCCCCCAGCCUCUCCAUGUGUCUCGUUCGCUCCCCCAGCCUUUAUAUGGGUCUCCAUUCCCUCUCCCCACAGCUCUAACAUGGGUUUCCAUUCCCUCUCCCCCCAGCUCCAACAUGGGUAUCCAUUUCCUACCCCACUAGCCCAAACAUGGGUCUCCAUUCCAUCUCCCCCAGCUCCAAGCUGUGUCUCCAUUAAUACCCACCCUACCCCAACAUGUGUCUCCAUUCCUUCCCCCCCAGCCCCAACAUGUCUCCAUUCCCUCCCACUCAGCCUCAACAUAUGUCUCAUUCACUCUCCCCCAGCCCCAACAUGUGUCUCCAUUCCCUAUACACCAACCCCAACAUUUGUCCCCAUUCCUUCCCCCCAUCCCCAACAUGUGUCUCCAUUAUUUCCACCCUAACAUUUAUCUCUAUGCCAACUCCUCCCUCCCCUUCUGUACCUUUCAGCCGGAGAACGGUACCAGGACUGACAGGAAGUGCUCUCUCAGUGAGCACUUCCUAUCUGCUCGGUACACACAGCGGCAGGAGGGGAGCAGCACAGCACUGCUCUCCCCUCUUCCCUCCUGUCGUUAACCCGGCAAUCGCGUGCCCCGGUUGGUGCUGCAGUGCAUUGGCAGUAAAGGUAGGCUGGCGGCCAGGGUCGCGGCUGCGGCAAGUCCCCCUGGAGUGACGGGCCCUGUCUAAGCUGUGAUCCCUGCGACCGUGGUAGGUACGCCACUCGUGGGGGGCAUAUAGGGUGCUGUAUGAUCUGGGAGUGGCACUCUCACCAGUGGAUAUUGAAUCACCAUUAUUGUUCUACUAAGUUGCAAGUAAAACUUUGUUGGCUUAUUUCCAACUUCUGAGUCUUCCUUGUCCCAGUUAUAGGAAGGUGUUUAACAGUUUGUGUUUAUUACUGGGUUGAGGCACUGUUUAAUCUCAAUAUGUCCCAAUCUCCCUAUACCUCUGCGGAGGCUCAGGACUUCUGGCCUGUUCCUACCCAUGCAGUGGUCCUUAAGUUCCAUGGCUACUGCCCAAUUUAGGGGCUACAGUCAUAUGUUGGAACAGAAUUCCUGUAUUUGUUUGCUGGGAUAGAUGAUUUUAACUAGCCUUGUAAAAUUUAAAACUGUACUUUUGUUUAUACUCUGUUCCUUAAUCUGUAUAUUGGCUCUAUAUCAUUGUCAUCAAUAGAAAAAAAACACAAGCAAAACUGGAACCAUGCCUUAAAAUAACGUAAAAUCUCACUCUAGUAUUUGUGGCCAACUGUGUGCAGUUUUGGAGAUGGCAUUUCAUCAAAAGCCAUAAAAGGGUUUAUUUAAUUGUAAACCAUUCAGGAUGGGUUCAGUCACAUUUAAUCCAAGGGAGCUUUUUUGUUCCAAAAUUUGGUCAUGGUGUCUAUCUCUCAGUUACGGAAAAUGGUUUUCUAUGUGACAGGUUUAGAGUCUCUGAUCCAAACAAAUAUACUAACAAAACAUUUUAUUUAAGGAUUGUUGUUUUUUGGUUUUUUUUGGUCCUUAUUUAGAUAUCAGAUAACAAACAUUUACAAAAUGUUCAGUCAUGGAAGUCAAGCAAGAUUACUAUGAAAAUGUAACGCCAUAUUACCAUUAUUUAAUUAGUUUACAGCGAUUUGUUUUCUUUUAGAACUUCAAACCUGGCAGGUCUGAUAUUGGAGAUGUGGGAACAGACAUACAGGGGGAUGUGCCUAUGAUGCAAUCAUCAUCACAGACAAUGUGCCCAUCAACAAAGGCUGACUAGCUGUACAUCUGAGGCAGCCAAUCAGUACUGCCCUUAUAUCAAUUGCUACCUCCGUGUUUGUGUCUGGGCUUAAAAUGUAGUGGAUUUAAAGGGAUACUCCACUGCAUAAAUACAAUUAUAUAAAAAUCACUGUUUAGUAUUAAAUUAUGCAUUUUUUUCAUUGGGGUUAUGUCUAAAAACAGCUUGUAAAAGCUGCAGAUCUCUUGCCUGAAGCCUUUGUCAACCCUCCCCUUCUAGCAACUCCCAGGCUUUCUGUGUCUGUCCAAUUUGACAUCCAGGGGGGUGUAACCAGGUCAAUUUAAAAAUGUGCCAAUUGCUAUUAAAAACUGCACUUUUUUUAAAAUGAAAAAAGAGAACACACUCUUCACACAUAUAGCGCUAUAAGGGUCUUGAGUGACCCUUUAACUCUAAAUACAUAGGGAGCACGAUUAAACAGGUGCUCACACUGUACUGUCCCCCAGUCCUACCCACACUGUGUGAUGGACUGGGGCUAUCAAAUGUUUAGGAGGGCUGAGGUAAAACUCUGGUGUCUCACAACAGCUUGUGCCUUGACAGAACUGGAACUUGGAAUUUGGAACUAUGGAUGCACAAAUCCUCGAAACAAAAGUGUCAGAGUUUUGCUUGCUGCAUUUGAGAUUAAUGUUUUGUGAACAUCGUGUAAUAAAUGUGCUCCACCUCAGUACUAUAUAGGCUUGCAUUUUGCAACUCAUGAUAUGACAACAAUUCAUGAAGAACAAUGUCAUUUUGAAACAAGUAAGGGUAAAGCGAUAGAUAGUAACAUAGCACUACAACAACGAGGCUUUAUUUUGGUGAUUAUCCCUCUAAUCACAAUAGUCAAUCAUUAAGAUCAAUAAGAUGAAAAAUAACACCCAGGCACUGCCCAGAUCAGGUUACCACCCCAAACUGAAAUGAAAUAUCAAGAAAUCAAAAGAUGAUCUAAAACAAAACUGAUUUAUGAUAAGUCAUUGUUUUGCAUGUCAACAGUAGACUGAUCCUUACAGAAAUAGCUUGCAUAGAAUACUCCACUUCAAACUAAAUUUUAAAAUACUUGACUUAUGGAAAAAUAAUCUGCAUUUAUUUAGAGUAUCUGAGGAAAUAUACGACGAUAAACAGACAAACAGAUAGAUAGAUAGAGGUUUAGAUAGAUGUAUUAAUUUACAUUAAAGCACCACUAUAGUCACCCAGACCACUUCAGCUCAAUGAAGUGGUCUGGGUGCCAGGUCCCCCAGAUUUUAACCCUGCAGCUAUAAACAUAGCAGUUUCAGAAACUGAUUUACAUUUCAGGGUUAAUCUAGCCUCUAGUGGCUGUCUCCCUGACAGCCGCUAGAGGCGCUUCCACGUCGUAGGGGGAGGAGAGGUCACCAGCGCCGAGGGAGCCCGGUGCUGGAGUAAGUUAAGUGGCUGAAGGGGAUUUAACCCCUUCAGCCCAGCGGGAGGGGAGCCCUGGGAGUUGGGGGGACCUAAGGACUAUAUAGUGCCAGGAAAACAAGUUUGUUUUCCUGGCACUAUAGUGGUCCUUUGAUGUAGAAUUUGAAUUCAGGUUUUGUCCUAAACCCAGCAAAUUUCAACAUUAAAAACUAAUCACAUGAUUUGAGUAACUUUGACAAAACAGUUGGGUGAAACAAAUGGAGCUAAAUUAACAAAUUCAUGAAGAAAACCUGUAAAAUUAAAUACAGUUAUAGGCAUUAUUUUAAUCAUUAUUAAAAAUUUUUGGUUAUUGGAAAAGUACUUUAGAUUUACUACAUUUAUUUUAUACAUUCCUCUAAGAAAUGUAUUUAUCUUAAAUGAUGAAAAGAGUCAAAUGUCCUGUUGUAGAAAACCUUACAUGAUUAUUUACUUAAGUGUGAAUUUCACAUUUAAGGACUAAAAAGCUAAAAUGGAAAAACAUCUCUAAAUCUGCGGGGGUUUCAGUUCGACUGAUCUGUCCCUAAAUUUGAAAUUCACUGGUGUGACAGAAUGUUUUUACCUUCAGGUUUGUGUGCAGAGCAUCAGGUGUCAUGACCAUUCUGAUUCAUCCGUCUGAUAUUCAUUGCACAUCCUGGCAUUCUUGGCACGUCAUUGGCCCUUAACGAGUUACAGUAAUUCCAAGUUGGAUUCUAAAGUAAUUUAUGAAGUUCAUAAGAACUUUUAAAAUGAUUUUUGAAAUUUAUAAUUAUUUUAUUACAUUCUGUGAAACAUUACAGCCUAUUUGCUAAAAAAAAAAACUAAAAAAAACAGUGUAAUAAAAACUAAAUUCCAAAAUUCAUAAUUAAAAUUUCAAGGCUUUUUCUGGCCCAGUACAAACCAUUAUCUGGAAAUCUAUUCAUAAACAGGGCUAUACAUAGGACACAAGGUCACACAUUUAGGCUGGAAGAAAGGAGAUUUCAUCUAAGGCAAAUACAUUUUUUUUUACAGUAAGAGCAAUAAGGAUAUGGAAUUUUCUGCCUGAAGAGGUGGUUUUAUCAGAGUCCAUUUAGAUGUUAAAACUGCAAUUGGAUAAAUACUUGCAAAAACAUAACAUACAGUGAUAUAAUUUCGAAUUAGUGGGGUAAUAGCUGCUUGAUCCAAGGAGACAGCUGACUGCUAUUUUGGGGUCAAGAAGGAAUUUUUUUCCUAGUUUGUUGCAAAAUUGGAAACGCUUCAGACGGUUUUUUUUUUUGCCUUCUUUUGGAUCAACAGCAAAAACAUAUGUGAGGAAGGCUGAACUUAAUGGAAGCAAGUCUCUUUUCAGCUAUGUAACUAUGUAAGGCUGUGACUGUAGAUGACAUUGAGAUUUUUUGUCCAAAUCCGCUACUUUAAUGUAAAAAUAUUGCAAUCUGUUUCUUGAAUUUUCUACAAUUUGUGCAUUAGUGAAUAAAUCAUCAAGUGGAAAUCUUCAUUGCCAAGAACUAAUUAGUAAAUGUAAAAUAUUUUUUACCCACUGUCAUAUGUUUUCUGUCUAACAGAUUAAAUAAUUAAUAAGGCGUGGUGAUUUUAAAACCUGAUUGAAACAUUUUGGCAACAAUAACUGAUUUUGAAAAUCAUUCACAUCAGCAUUUUUUUUCUUUCCCCAAUAUUGCUUCUUUUAACCUAAAUGUUGCAGUGUAGUUAUUUCUAUAGAAGAACAAUGUCUUCGACUUCUAUGUACAGUUUAGCAAACAGGUAUGAAAAGUGUACCUCUGCACACUCUGAAAGGGAACUCCCAUAAUCACCAUAUAAACCUCAUAACUUGGACAAGAUGUCACAAGUUGUAAAAAAUUAGUAGGGACACGAAGAAAACUAGGACAGAUGUUUUGGGAUUAUAAAGAAAGCGUUCCAAGAGCUUGUAAAAUAAGAUUUAUUUUAAGCUAUCGUUAAGAUAUAAACACAGGGUUAAGUCAUACAUUAAGUAUUUACAUGGCAAUGUGACAAUCUCUUUUGCUUGUAGACAUUGGAAUUUAUACCAAACGCAUGAAACGUUCGGUGUUGGAAUGGAAUCUGUCUCUGGGCACUUCCGGUCUUCUGAGUCUUCAAGUGAAUUAACCAGGAAGUAAAUCUCCAACAUUAGCAUAGAGACAUGUGCUAUUAACAGUCUAAUAAAACACUCAGUCACAGGAAUUUUAAUAGCAAGGACAGUGCAGCACCUACAAAUAAUGUUUCAUUCACAUCUAGCAAACAGUUCAUCACAGGUGUUCACACACAACACAUCUGGCAAAAGGGAUAUCAAACUACCAUGGAAGGUAAGUCAAGAUAUAAUAGUGAAUUGUAAAAUAUAAAUCAACUAAAUACAUUUUAGAUUUAAUUUUCUUUUGAUAAUAGUGUUUUAGGUAUGAAACUUCUAUACAGACAAUUCUAAUAUAUGGCUUCUGCUUAAAGGUGUAUAUGGAACAGAAAAUCAUUUUGGUUAUAGUAUUUAUUUAUUGAAAAAAUGUCUUGGGUGCAUUUUUAUGUUGGAAAAAUGAUCUGAUAGCUUUGAUAUUUAAUUUCAUGACAUUUGCUGUAGAAUAAUUGCGUAUGUUAACAAAUAACAACCACCUAAGAUUUUAUGGGUUUUUUUUUAACUCAGUUUCAUUCACUUUCUAUUCAAAUAUAACUAUAAGCAAGAGUUGCUUUAAAUUGUUUUAACCAUUUUAUUCUGGAAGAAGAUAACAUAGUGUACUUUAAUUUGUUUUGUAAAUCAGAUUACAUUAUAAAGCUUUAGAAAAAUGCCUCUGACAUGUUUAUGUAAUAGGUUAAGCAAUACUGAUUUAAACACAGUUUAUACACUAACAUUGAUUUAUAGUGAAUUUUAAAAUCAACUUGUGCAAUGCAGGCUAAUAUAGUAAUGCUUUAAUUAUAGCCAAGUAGAAUAUUUUUUUUUCCAUGUCAGGACUGCUUUGCUUAAAUGUUUGCAACUGGGUAAAAUGUUAUUUUGAAUUAUUUUAUAAUACAAAAUUCAAGUUUGUGAAUAUACAAAUUGUUUGGGGGGAAGGGGUUAAUGAAUGAUUUACAUAAUUAGUUAUUUAUAUUGAAAAUAUAUAUAAUCUGCACACAAAACUGACUGAUAAAACACUUUUAUGUUUGAUUAGAUGCGAGUAUGUGACUUGCAUCCUAAGCCUAAAAAAAAAACCCUCUAAGUUACUUAAACUUAUAAAUCUUGUUACACCCCCAUGAGCUGUCAAUAACAUAAUCGGCCCAGUUACUUCCUGGUUGCUUAGCUCAGUGGAGCUAACUCAAUAGGCAGGCAAUUUCUCAGAGUACCUGCCUUGCAAAGACUUGGACGGUUACAGAAAGUCUAGACUGGUGAAUAGUGAUGUCCCGAACGGUUCGCCGAACGUUCGCGAAUGGUUCGCCACGAACGGUUCGCCACGGACUCAACAUUGAGUAAACUUUGACCCUGUACCUCACAGUCAGCAGACACAUUCCAGCCAAUCAGCAGCAGACCCUCCCUCCCAGACCCUCCCACCUCCUGGACAGCAUCCAUUUUACAUUCAUUGUGAAGCUGCAUUCUUAGUGAGCUGUCCAAGACGUGGGAGGGUCUGGGAGGGAGGGUCUGCUGCUGAUUGGCUGGAAUGUGUCUGCUGACUGUGAGGUACAGGGUCAAAGUUUACUCAAUGAUGAGUCCGCAGCAAACCAUUCAUGGCGAACCAUUCGCGAACGUUGGGCGAACUGUUCGGGACAUCACUACUGGUGAAUAAGGGGAGAGCUGUCAACGGCUGUUUUUUUUGUUGUUUUUUUUUAGGCUGUUGUUUAAAUAUUGCCCCGAUGGAAAAAAUGCAUAAUUAUAUGCAUGUUUUCACCAGGGAUAUAUGUACUAUUUGGGCAGUGGAGUGUCUGUUUAAGAACAAAUGGCAUCCUAUAUACCAUUAUAGAUACUGGUUAGUUAAAGUUUUUAUAGUUGUGGCAGCUCCAUGGAGCCAUGUCACCACUAAAUGAGUGGAUGCUGAAGUAAGUUCUCCGCUGACCACAUUUUAAUGACAAAUUGCACCACUGUUGAUCCUAAAUGGGUAGUAGGCAUUGUAUCAUUUAUUUAUCUCACUAAGAUGUGAAGAAAUACUUGUCUGCCCUGCAGCUUGUCACAUUAUAUCUCAAAAAAGAAAACUUAAUUUGUUAAUAUACUAAUUACAUAAACAAUGGAAGGUCAUGUAUGAAAACCUAUUCUACUGUAAAAGUCUACAUAAAAUGUCCCACAGAAAUUAGUCCCCCAGCUCAUGAGUAUAUGAAAAGAAUCCCCAGAUAUUCUUGGAAAUAAAAAUGUCCCAAAACACCAGCAGAAUGUAGAAUGUUUGACUGUUUGAUGUCCUAAUACCCAGGUACAGCAAAAAGUUUUUUUGUUUUUUUUUUAGUAAAAACUAUAAAUGGCCUUCAAAUAUUCUCUGAUCCCUCUCCAUCCCCUCCAUACUUUGUCCUACUACUGCUUCUAAUCAUCAGCUCUGUAUGUUGAGCUUUACCGGCUCCUGUACAGUGUCAAAGGUGGUAAUAUCUCUCCAUUUUUUUGUUAAAGACAGAUUGAAUGGACUAAUAUGGCAGGGCAAUUGUUACUUUAUAACACAACAAUAAAUAUGGAUAGAUCAUUUAUGAAUAUACAGUACAUUUGAUUUAUUUUCUCCCCAAAGAAAAAUGUUUCAUUAUUUAAAAGAAAAAUAAUUUAUAUAUCAUUUAAUAGACAUUCUAUGGGUUUUUAGCUUUUCAACCCAUCCCUGAUCUACCUUGUAUUUCUAACACUAUAGUGUCCCUGUCUCUGCUUGUAUUCAGGUCACCUUCCCAAGUGAAAAAAAAAAAAAAAAAAAAUGAAAGCGUUAUGCUUAGCUUUUCAAAAGGUGCUGAGACUCUCCCAGCACCGCCGACAUCUCCUCCUCCCUUGACAUCACGGAGGAGGCAUAGUCCCUUCAGGGGACCUAGUGUGCAUGCUUGGCCAGUGCUGCUCACACAUUUACACUUCGCCAUGGGAAAGCCGACUCUGUGCUUUUAUAUGGGGGACUUCCAUGUCAGUAUGACAGCCACUAGAAAAUAACAAAUCCCUGCAAUAACUUUAAUGUUUUAUAUUGCAGGGUUAAAAGGACCUGGGCCUUUACACCCAGACCACUUAAUUGAGACAAACUCGUCUGAGUGACUAUAGUGUCCUUAUAACUGCUCAUGGCAAUGUACACCUAAAUAUGCCAAGGAUUAUAUAAGUCUGUCUCUGGCCCUUAUUAAAACUGCGAGUUGUCAUGACUAGUGAGAACUAUAAUUCAUUGCUCAUGUUUAAAUAAAUUCUUUAGAAAACAAAUCCAAUCAACUGAUAUUAAAAUAUGUAACAAUUCUGGACAGAUUUCAGCAUGACAAUUGGAUUUUUAGGUGAAUUAAAAAACCUUUUAGACCAAAAUAAUUAAACGCACAAAUAAAUAAAUACAUAAAUAUUCUACAUUGUAUUCUUUGCCAACACUUUCUUUUGAAUUGCAUACUCUUGCACUUGUCACUGUUGCCAUGUGCUCUGAGUGACUCCUCUCUCUGUGGAAUGGAAUGCAGGUGAUGAUGAGUCGGAAAAGUAAUGAUAAUUUGCUAUGUGAAAACAUUCUCUGGGUAUGCACAUGAAAUGAGGAAUCAGUGAGACACAUUCAAACCUAAAUAAUAAGACAUAGAAUUAUUGCCAAGAACUGUUCAUUCUAAUAACUGCAUUAUGUGUAUUAAAGAUUAUUAAACACAUAUAUAAUUCAAUUGUUUACUUCAUCACUUAAGCGUUCAAAGGGACUUGUCAUCUACCCAAAAGAUCAAAAGAUUACAUAGACACAAAAAAUGGCUUUGAGGGUUAGGCUAGUGAGUUUGUGAUUACACGUAUUAUUAUUGUCAUUAAAGGGAUAAGAACUUGUUGUUAUAUGUAUUUUGAUUAAAACUGGGAGGUACCUCAUCUGCUAUAAAAAAAACCCUAAUCUCAGAUUGUUAGUCACUCAUAUAUAUCAGUUAAAGGGAAUAUUCUAUAAUAAUAUUAUAGUCUGGAUUUUAUCAUCAGUCUUCAGCACGUUUGCUACUGGGACAAUAACAUUUUUUAAAAUGAUGAUGCACUAAUGACUGCCUUCAUUUUAGAUGUAAAAGUGUUGUGUGCAUAUAAAUGCAUUGACACACUAUACACACACAAGACAUAUAUUGAUUAAGAGCAUUCCUGUUUGGGUGUGAGGAUAUGUAAAAGGAGAAUAUGCUAGAACAGUAAAGAUAGAAAAGCAAAAGUAUGUGCAAUAUAGGUGCUGUUAUAAUAAAGAACAAAAUAGUACAAAAGCUGAAACUAAAUUGAUGUGUAAAAAUACCCACAAGACCAAAACAAGGAAAAAGUUACAUUACUUAUUGCACUAAGAAACCAAAAUCAUAAAAAAGAGAAAAUGGACGGCCAUAGUGUGGUAUCCUUUAAAAAGUGACAUAGAUAGAUGAUAGAUAUGGAUUUAAAUUCAUGUUAAAUUUGAAUUCAUGUUUUGUCCUAAACCCAGUUAAUUUCAACAUUAAAAAAAUGUUUGUGAUGAAAUAAUCAAAUUAUUUGAAUAACGUUGAUAAAAACAGUUGGGUGAAACAAAUUGAGCUAAAUUAACAACUGCAUGAAGAAAAUUUGUAAAACUAAAUAGAGUUAUAGGAAUUAUUUUAAUAUUUAAAAAAAAUAAAAAUUUGGUGGGGAGUGUGUGGAGGGACACCUGUUAAUUCUGCGCUUUUUACAGCCCAUUAGAAUAGAAUGUUAAACGUUGCAAACGUCAGUUUUACAUAACAAUGGCCACAGACAGAGAGUAUACUAUUAUACCAUUAAUGUUUUAUUGCUAAUAGCUAUUGUUCAGAGGCUUGUUUGUAGAAAAGAUCUCUAUAAAACUAAUCUGGCCAUAAAGUAUAAUCCUGCUAAAUCAAAUUAUUAUUUAUUGUUACUUUAAAACGCCUCAAUCAAGGCAAAUUCAUCACUAUUUUUAUUGUGUUUUCGGAAUCUCAUCUCUUCUAUUACAUUUCUCUAGAAUCCAACAAAAAGGCUCACCGUACAGAUAUGUACAACACGUCUGAUCUGGUGCUUAGAAGAGGACAAUCAUUCUUGCUAACACUGGAAUUUACCAUGCCUAUCGAAGAUUGGCAGAGUAUUGUGUUUAAUGUACAAACAGGUAUGAAUAAUUUCUCUAUGUUUUACUCUCUACUCCAUUAGAUACUAAUUCCCCCAAGUUAUACAAUGUACACACAUAUUCUAUUUUUUUUGUAAUUUAAUGACAUAUAAAUCCCAUGACUUCAGAAAGGAAAUGUAACUUUCCCCAGCUCAUACAAGAUCUUGUAUGGCUUAUACAUGUUGUAGAACCUCUAAGUAGUAUUUAUGCAUUUGAGAAAUAGGCCCAUUCAUGUCUAUGCUCUUUCUAUGCAUUUUAACACAUCUAUACUCAACACUGACAGAUUUAAACAAACAUUCCAAUUGCCAAAACCACUACAACAUGCUGUAGUGAUUAUGGUGCCAAGAGUGCCCUGAUUGCCACAGCUGCAUUUACGUGUCAGGUACCUGCAGGCACAGAAUCCACCAUAUGUGUUUAAGGCAUGUGGCAUUUGAAAGGUUAUUUGAAAGUACUCCUACCCUUAAGAUUGAUGGUAGAACUGCAGAAUCUGUUAUACAAUGUAAAUGACUCAGUGCUGUUUCUGCUCCUCCUGCAAGGCAUUUCAUGUGUGAGAGGCUGUUAGUGGGCAGAUUGGAAGUGAUCUCUUCCACUUCCUGUCCAGCCUCACACACCGACAUUGGAGGAUUUGGAAAAAAUAUGUGUUUAAAACCCUCAGUAACUGUUCCCUGUUCCUGCAGCUCUUGUAUCAACCAUAGGAAGCUGAUUAGUAAUCAACUCCUCUCACCAACCCACCUAAGCAUUGAAAAGCCACAUAAUAAAUGCUGUAAAUAGACGCCACCUACAGAACAUGUGCUUUGCUAAGAAAAAUUGGUCCCUGCCUGGUGAACCUCUAUUAGAAAAGUUUGACUUCCUACUUGGGGUCUACCGGGUGACGCACUCUGUGUCAAUGAGAGCCUGAAGCUCUCGGCACUGAGCUAAAUCUUACAGUGCAGAGCUUAGAUCAUUCGUAGAGAGAAUAUGACCUCGUGUUAUAGUACUCCCUACUUGUUACUUACUAGCAAUAUCAAACAGUAGGACAAACACCCUGCACAGUUGAGUGAUAGUCAGGGCAUUAACUAUUACCUACUCAAAAUACGUCACGGUUUGUGAAGAAUCUCUCAUUGGUUUAAUUGAGGAAGCCUGUAUAGAGUCCAUUUAUGAGUGUAUCAAAUCACAAAUAGGUUCAAAACUGAAGUUAGCUAUUUGCCAAGUUGGUAGACACAAACUAGUAACUUGCCAUAUCAUUUUUUUUUUUUGUCCUAUAUGAAAAUAUUCCCAAAUUAUAAGGUUUUGUUUUUUAUUAUUUUUAACUAUUUUAAUGCAAUUACAUUAUUAAAAUAUUUAAAACAAAGGGAUGAGUGUCAGAUCCAACAUCCAUUUCACCUUAAACUUUAAGCACUAAGUAAAUUAUUCCAGAAUACUUUUUAGAGUAAUGUAGAUAAUAUAUUAAGACAAUUAUGACUUUUAAAUGUGUUUUACUUCAUCAAUUGUAAUUACAUUUUUCUUUAGCAAUUUCAGUCUAUUUAAAAAAGGUUUUACAAUUUUGACUACAUUACAAGAGUUUUACUUUCUAAAAGUAUUAUUAGAAUAUAUCAAAUAUUGGUAAAAUGUAAGCAGCAUUAUUAAAAAUGAUGAUCACAAUUCUCCAAAUAACAUUUUGUAUUUGUGACACUGGUGUAUAAGAAAAAAAACGAAAGAAAAAGUAAGUUCUUUUAAAAAAUAUUAUUAUUAUUGUAUUUGUCUUCUGAAGGUCCACAAAAUGCCCAAGGUUCCACCAUCAGUGUGGAAUUUGCCCUGUCAAACUCGUGGACCAGUGGAAUGUGGUGUGCUGUGCUGGAGUCAAGACCUGGGAAUAAUCUGCAAAUCAUCAUGAGCAGUCCAGCAAAUGCAAUCAUAGGACGAUACAACAUCUCUGUUAGUAUUUCUAUCAUGGGAGAGACAACCACCUACUCACUUGGAAAAUUCAUACUCCUCUUCAAUCCAUGGUGUCUAGGUAAUAUUUAAUUUUAUAAGAUCUAUGUAUAGAUGAAAAGCACAUACCUCGGCUGGUUAUUUUUGAAAUUGUGGGCAAAAAUACCAAUAAAGACAUGCUUGUUUACCUUUCGAAGGGCUCAUAGAUGGGUUGGUAAGCAUUUAUGGAAUAUCAAUAAAACCCAGAGAUGUAUUAUGGUUGCCCAGGACUCGAGACCAGAUGUGAAAUUGGGGCCCCAUCCUACAGGUCUGGGAUUUGUUUUCUGAGUGUUGUGUGAGGUGGCGAAAUGUUGUAUGUGUGUAGUGGAGAUUGAGUGUUGUAUGGCGAGAGUGUGUAUAGUGGCUGAGCCUUGUGUGUGGAGGUGGCUGUAUUGAUGAGAACUGUAUUGAUGAGGGGGGGAGCGGGUUGAGGCUGAGUGUGCCUGUGUGUGCUGGAAGAGUGGAGAGUGACCUGGAGAGCAGGAUCUCUGGUGGGGACCUAUAUUCUUGGUUGUAUAUGGAGAGGCAUUAGCGGUAGAAUGAGGGAAGUGCUCAUGCCAUUGUACAGAACACUGGUGAGACCUCACUUGGAGUAUUGUACACAGUACUGGAGACCAUUUCUUCAGAAGGAUAUUGAUACCUUAGAGAGGGUUCAGAGAAGGGCUACUAAACUGGUUCAUGGAUUGCGGGAUAAAACUUACCAGGAAAGGUUAAAGGAUCUUAACAUGUAUAGCUUGGAGGAAAGACGAGACGGGGUGAUAUGAUAGAAACAUUUAAAUAUAUAAAGGGAAUCAACACAGUAAAGGAGGAGACUAUAUUUAAAAGACGAAAAACUACCACAACAAGAGGACAUAAAUUAGACGGGCAAAGGUUUAAAAAUAAUAUCAGGAAGUAUUACUUUACUGAGAGGGUAGUGGACUUAUGGCAUUGCCAUCCAACUGAAAGGUUAACAGAGUGAAGGAGUUUAAGCAUGCAUGGGAUAGGCAUAAAGCUAUCCUAGCUAUAAGAUAAGGUAACGGACUAAUGAUAGUAUUUAGAAAAUUGGGCAGACUAGAUGGGCCAACGGUUCUUAUCUGCUGUCACAUUCUAUGUUUCUGUAUAUCGGGUGCAAAUCACAUUAAGAGGUCCCUCACAGUCCCAGUACUCAGUUAAUAACUCAGAGCUCUAGCUGUGGUGCCGUGAGUCAUUGAGAAGUGCAGGGGGCCAAAGAAGGAGCUAUUAAAGUGACAUGCACACAAUAGAGGAGAAGAUCACAUUCCUUGAGCAUUUUAUGGGCCACUGGGCUGAGCAGGGAUAUAUUUUGAUCUCUGUGCCAACUCAGGGACGACCCCCUCACAGCCAUUGACAAAAAAGUAGGCCAAGACAGUGGACUUUUGGUUCUUCCUGCUCCCCUGCUAUAUUACCAGAAUCUCCACAGCUAGACUCAGCUUGAGUAUAGGCAUGUGUCGCUAAUAUGGCGUGCUAGACUGCCGCUUUAGAGUGAAUAUCACUGCCACCACUACCACCGUAUGUAUUGCCAACCCUAAAAUGUUGGAGAUACUGGAGAUUGAUCUGAAUAUAAUUGAAAAGUGCCACUAAGUGUAUUAGUGAAGUGCCAAAAAGGAAAGUGCUGUAAAGUGACAUAUAUCUGUACAUUACUGUAUGGGGCCCUUAUCCAUAUCACUGAUGGGUGCAAUAGAUAACAUUUUAAAUUAAAUUAGAAAUAAACUGAAGUUUGCAACGAAUGCACUGUUGCAAUAAAAAGUGGUGUUUUAUGCUUUAAAAAUAAACAGCUUAUAUAAAACCUUUUCAGAGGAAGAAUUAAAUGGGGACCAAUACACUGAAAUGCUUUCCUAUGGGAAUUUUACCAAUGCUGGAUGUCCUCAUGCAGAACGUGAGGACGUCCAGUAUCAGCUAAACGAACAAAAGUCGCCUAACAAGCAGGAAGGGCCUCUAGUGGCUCUCUGAUUGACAGUCGCUGGAGGCAGUCUUAGCCCUGCAAUGUAAUUAUUGCAGUUUAGUAGAAAUUAAGAUUGCAGGGUUAAGGGAACAGGGUCACUGCACCCAUAGCACUUUAAUGAGCUAAAGUGGUCUGAGUGCCUAUAGUGUCCCUUUCAUUUUGACUCUCUACUACCCUCUCUCCAAUCAGUUUUAACCAGUUGUAUACCAAAUAAUCUUAGUUCACUACUAUGGAAUUCUGCAAAAUGUUGGGAUACAUUUUGGUACAUGAAUCUCUUUUUAAUGUUACCAAUAUGUUCCCUUAUUCUGAUUUUAAUGCCCUUGUUGUCUUUUCCACAUACUGAUAAAGACAUGGACAACUAAGUGAAUAAAUUAUGUUUUUCAUAUCACAAGUAAUGAGGGAUUUAACGUUAUAUUGUUUGUUGAUUUUAAAGGAAUUAAUUUCUCCAAUAACCUUUUCCUUUGUAGCUAGAUUUAAAUCAUACACAUUUUUGUAAUAAUACAAUUCUAUUCUAUCACUAAGUAAAUUAACACUGUGUUUUGUGCUGUGUGGAGUGACCUACUGGUAACACUUGGUGAUUGUGGCUGGUAAAAUAUUUGAAAGUUUAUUAAGGGAUAAUAUUCAAGAAUUCCUUGAGAAGAACAUGGUUAUCAGCAAAAAUCAGCACGGUUUUAUGAAGCACAGGUCAUGUCAAACUAACUUGAUUGCGUUCUACGAAGAAGUAAGUAGAAGUAUAGAUCAGGGUGUUGCCGUGGAUGUGAUCUUUUUGGAUUUUGCCAAGGCAUUUGAUACAGUUCCACACAAUAGAUUAGUGUUCAAACUCAAGGAAAUCGGUCUAGAUGAAAAUGCUUGUUCUUGGGUAGAACAUUGGCUUAAAAACAGAGUACAAAGAGUUGUCAUUAAUGGUAAAUUUUCAAGCUGGACAGAGGUGGCAAGUGGUGUCCCUCAGGGGUCUGUUCUGGGACCCCUUCUAUUUAACAUGUUUAUAAAUGAUCUUGAAGACCGCAUUGAAAGUCAUGUUUCAGUGUUUGCAGAUGACACCAAACUUUGUAAAACAAUACAAUGUGAGCAAGAUAUUACUUUGCUGCAGAGGGAUUUAGAUAGACUGGGGGACUGGGCACUCAAAUGGCAGAUGAAAUUUAAUGUUGAAAAAUGCAAAGUUAUGCACUUCGGCGUAAAGAAUACACAAGCAACGCAUACCCUUAAUGGAAGCGAAUUAGGGAUAACAACACACGAAAAGGACUUGGGAAUUGUUAUAGACAACAAACUAUGCAACAAUGUGCAAUGUCAAUCAGCAGUGGCCAAGGCCAGUAAGGUAUUGUCAUGCAUUAAAAAGGGCAUUCAUUCUCAGGACAAGAAUAUAAUUUUGCCUCUUUAUAAAUCACUGGUAAGACCCCAUAUUGAAUAUGCUGUGCAAUUUUGGGCACCUGUUCUAACGAAGGAUAUUAUGGCACUAGAAAAAGUGCAGAGGCGGGCUACAAAAUUAAUAAAAGGAAUGGAACAUAUCGGCUAUGAAGAAAGGUUAACAAAUUUAAACCUAUUUAGUUUAGAAAAACGUCGCCUGAGAAGGGAUAUGAUAACAUUAUACAAAUAUAUUCGGGCCAAUACAAACCAUUGUGUGGAAAUCUAUUCACAAACCGGACUUUACAUAGGACACGAGGCCAUGCGUUUAGACUGGAUGAAAGAAGAUUUCGUCUAAGGCAAAGGAAAGGUUUUUUUACUGUAAGAACAAUCAGGAUGUGGAAUUCUCUGCCUGAGGAAGUGGUUUUAUCAGAGUCCAUACAGAUGUUCAAACGGCUACUAGAUGCAUACUUGCAAGAACAGAAUAUUCAAGGAUAUAAUCUUUCAAUGUAGGGUAAUAACUGCUUGAUCCAAGGAUAAAUCUGACUGCCAUUCUGGGGUCAAGAAGGAAUUUUUUUCCUAGCUUGUUGCAAAAUUGUGCUUCAAACUGGGUUUUUUUGCCUUCUUUUGGAUCAACAGCAAAAAACAAAUGUGAGGAAGGCUGAACUUGAUGGACGCAAGUCUCUUUUCAGCUAUGUAACUAUGUAACUAUUGUAGCAUCACAUUUUGUUUACAGGUAGUGCCAGUUUUUGCAUUUUUUUCUAAAUUUAAUGUAAAAAAAUAAAAUUACACACCUUUUUACAUUGCAACUGGGUGCCUCCACCUUAGCCCCUUGUCAGCCAUUUUGAUAAGCUCUGUCCUUUGCACAUGGCAGUCAGCAUAGAGAAAGCAUAUAGAGAAGAGGAGAAACUAAAUUAUGUUUCCAUAAAAUAAUAAAAUAGAGGUACAUGCAACUGCAGUAGCCAGCAAGUUAAAUAAUGUAAACUUAACAAAUCUUUAAUUUAUUAACCCUCACCCUGAUCUAUUUUUGAAUUUUUUUAUGUACUUUUUUAUGUACUUUACAAUAAUAUCACCUAUAGCAGUUUUUAACACCAAACUGGUGUUAGAGAGCAAAAAGGUUUAUUUUACAGAGCCAAUACCAUAUAGGCUCCUGACCAUGUAAGUGGUUUUAGAUAUUUACUUUUAUCACCCAUUACUGCGAAGACCAUCUGCCCCGUAUAUUUUUGGUUGUUUUUUUUUUCCUUCAUAUUUGUCUCCAAGUGCAUAUUCCCAAGUGUGUUAUUACACUAAAUUGAUGGGGUAAGUGGACCCCUCUAUUAUUUUAUAUUUUACAUUUAUAUGGCGCUCCACUGGUUGGUGUAUAUUAAAUAAUUAAAUAAUGUAUAAAAAAAAUAGAACUGUGCUGCAACACCUCCCACUGUAGUUCAAGCAGUGUAAAAAUGAAGCAAAUUAUAGAAAAAUAGGUUUGCGCAUCCAUAUAAAGUGAGCGCAACGAGGUGCUACCAGUAUUUUAUUUAAAGGACAAAUAAAUAAAGCUUUGUUAAUUUGUCCUUCAAAUAAAAUAGUGGUAGCACAGUGGUGUGUGCCCACUUUAUCUGGAUGGCCAGACCUCAUUUUUCUCUAUAAUUUGCUUGAACAUUGCUCGGUUUGUUAUGUUCUCAUUCUGCUUUUCAUCUUCAUGUUCACACUUGCUUUACCUUGUCAGAAUUAGAUGAUGUGUCAUUUACUAAACUGUUAAUAUAAAUUUAAAAGAAAACAGAGCUCAUGAAAAAGAAAGAUUUAACACAAGUAAUAGGUGAUGUUCAAUGUUUAUUCGUUUUUUUUCAAAUUCCAGAGAAGUGGCAGCACCUUUUUUAAUAGCCACUCAAUAGUUAUUGAUACAUUGUAUUAUUUGUCCCUAGAUGAUGAUGUGUACAUGGCUAAUGAAGAUGAGAGGAAAGAAUAUGUGCUAAAUGACCAUGGUAUCAUUUUCAUGGGGAAUGAGAAGCAUGUAUCUCAAUUGGGAUGGAAUUAUGGACAGGUAAUAUAUAUUUAUUAAUGUGGCAUUUCACAACGCCUUUAUGGAUAAUAUAACUGUUAAAUAGCAAUAUUAAUUAGGUUUUUUCUUGGGGGGGGGAGGGGGAGUUUGGCUAAAAAUAAAUGUUAUAUUUUAAUCAACAUGCUAAUUUAACUUGAUUCAGGUGGAUCUGUCAGCCUUUUCGCAUUGUGCCUGUUAUUCUAUUUGCAUUCUUUGUACAAGUGGGCAAGCUAAAAGCAGAUUUGUGAGCUUUGUACCUUGCCUAUGAAUUCAGAUAAAAUUUACAUUUAACGGACAUCUUCACACCCAAGUGCCUUAUGUGUAAGGAGUGUCCCACUUUCUAUUGGAAAUCUGCACUUUUAUAAAUAAUUAAUGAAACAGCAAAGGUGAGUUUCUUUCUGCUUCCCCUUAACUUCCUGAGCGCAAUCGCCUCCCGCCUGCAUAUUUUAGAUAAGAAUAAAGACCAGCAACCACAGACCUCAGAUCAGUAUGCGGCAGUAUGCGGCACGAGCCGAUGUGCACACAUACAGAAGACACUUUGGCUGCACAGAGGGGGACAUCUGAUAGGCUAGUUCCCAUUGAAGAUGCUGAAAUUCUCUUGCAGGAUGAAAGGAAAGGCUUGCAAACGCUGUAGUUCAUGUGAACUCUAGCUUUUGCAAACUGUUUUUAGAUAUACUCCCAAUAAAUACAUGCAUGAGAAUGCAUGCAUGCAUUCAUUGUGGGGUGUAUCUACUAAACAGUGAUACCUAAUUUUUUUGCCUAUUUUGGAAGUAGAGUGCACACAAAGUUUAUCUUUCUCCUCCCAAAAUGCAAUUUGUGCCUUGGCUGUGCCAAUAUUUAACUUGGCAGUAAUGACAAUUACAAAUUCUUUCGUAUACAUUUUAAAUGAAAACAGAGUGCCAUAUGAAUACAGAUUAACACGUGUUAUAGGUACAUUUUCCAUGUUUUACUCAAUGGUAUAGUUUCAGAGAAGUGAAGUUUCCCUUUUAAAGACUUUCAUUAUUCAUAGCUUGAAAAAAUUAUUUGAUUUUGCUCUGCCUCUUUAAACAUUAUAAUAUCAUAAAUAAGGCAUACUGACCCAUCCGUACAAACUGUAGAUAAUCCUCCAGCUUUGCUUUGUAAUGCUGACAGUGAUUUUGACAGGAAUCUGUCUGAUCUAGCAGAAAGCAAGGCCAAGCUAGGUGUCAUUCACUCAUAUAGCUACACCACGACUACAAUAUUAAUUACAAUCCUUUCAAGACCUAUUAUGCAUACCUCUCAAGUAUGCCUCUGUCCCUCUCUUCUCUCCUAAUGCCCUACUUUUCUAUGAGACCCAUACUGCUGGUGUGUCUGAGUAUAUAACAGAACUCCACAGCAAUAAUACUCACAGUGAUGUGUCUUUAAACUACAAUAAAUGUGUUUAGAAAUCAAUCUGUGUAAAUAAGAUACAUUGUUCUUUGUACACUGUUCAUUGUUCAUUGUUCUAAAGUGCAUCUUAGUUGCAUAAAUUGUUAUUAGUAAGUCACGUAAAAUUUCUCCAAACAGGCCUGCCCUCGGCCAGAACCCCACUCACACCCUUAAACUUUAAGUGUCCCUGUUUGUCCAUUUCAAAUGUUGGGUAUUUUGUCAUGUAAUGCCAUGAUUACAAUUUGGUUCUUAAAGACCCUAAACUGGUCAUAAUACAUAAUCUAGGAUUUUACAAAAUUCUUUUUUAUUUUAAUUUUUUUAUGUAUUUUUUCCCCAGUUUGAAAACAAUAUCCUGAAUAUAUGUAUGGACAUUUUGGAUAGAAAUUUGAAUUACUACAAUGAUCCAGUUUCCGAUUGCUCCAGGAGAAACAGCCCAGUAUAUGUGGGGCGAGUUGUCAGUGCGAUGGUAAGGAACAUGUAUCUGAUUUUUGUUUAAACCGGAGAACAUAAUUGUUUUUACAUUUAUUUUUAUUAAAUUAGUACUAUCUAUAUUUCUUUAGAACAUUUAUACUGCUAAUAUUUCCUGUCAAUUUUUUUACAAUUAUUUUUUUUUUUCUGAUGAUAUUUUGUUUUACUUUAUACCUUAUAGAUAAACAGCAAUGAAGACUUUGGAGUGUUGGAAGGAAAAUGGGAUAAAGACUUUGCUGAUGGUGUUGACCCUAACAGUUGGAAUGGGAGUGUUGAAAUCCUCUGGAGCUGGCAAAAAGAUGAUUAUAAACCGGUGAAGUACGGCCAAUGCUGGGUUUUUGCUGCAGUCAUGUGCACAGGUGAGUUAUCUUUUCAAUGUAUGCACAAUAAGUCUCUUCAUAUCUGUGAAAUAUGAAGUAAUAGAGAUACAGUGAGAAAAAAGGUGUGUGUGUGGUAGUUAAAAAUAACUACUGGCCACCUAAGUGGAAACCCCUUCUACCACUUAAAAUGAAAAACAAUAUAUACAUACAAUAGGUGGGACACACAUCUGCAGAUUCUAAAAAACAAGAUAAAACAUCAUAGUGUAAUAUAUCAAAAUGCACUGUAAUCUGUAGAGAUAGAGCAGUUUUACUCACAAGCCUAGAGCCAAUUGGAACAUAUGGCUCUUAUGUGCAGCGCAGUGGGACUUUUUAUUUGGAUGUCUCCAUCCCUCUUGGUAUUCCUCCUUGGGUAGAAGAUCACAGUAUUCCAAUGUGUUUCCAAUGAAGGAACUUUAUUGUGAAAUAACAGUGAAUAAAAAUAAAAUAAAAAAAGAGUAUGGAAAUAAAUAUUCCCAAUACAAAUUUAAAAAUGUAGAUGAAAAAAGUCCAAUUAAAAGUCCAAUAUAUAGACUCUGUAAGUCCAAAACGCGUUUCGCCCUAUGGUGGGGGCUUCCUCAGUUGGCAUCAGUCUGUAUAUCCAGUGGCAGCUUCUUGGCGUCCUUAUAAAGCACUUGUCUUCAUUACUUCUGGGUUUUCUGUGUUUGGAACGCAUCCUGCGUUCCACCGCCGAUUGCUUGCGUGUCACUUCCGGUCUGACGUUGCGCCGGCGUCACCAUGUACGUCACUUCCGGUUUUGGUCCGUGGGGCGCUUCUGUGAUGUCACUGGAACGCAUAGAAUCGGAUCUAUGCGUUCCACUGUAAAUAACUCUGUCCUUUACUUAGUCUCUUUAUUUUUGGACAUCUCUAAAUGAUUUUUUGAUGUAUUGUCCCUUCUAAAGUAUUAUACAUAUAUAAAAACGAAGCUAUGCAUAUUAUUAGCGUAUUCUGCAUACAUGGCAAAAAUAUACAUAAUAAUAGAUGAGUGUAUUAUUGUUUGUACAUAACAAAUUUAUAUAGGUGACAAUAAAUCCAUGCCAGUGAUAUCCUAUCAUAUAGAAAGUGACAGCCCAUAGGAAAAUAGGCACAUAUGAAGAAAUAGUAAUAGAUGGAAUGUGUAAAAUAUGUAAAAUAUAUGUAAAAAUACUUUAUAUUAAAAAAAUAAGAAUAUAAGAAUAUUUGGUAAUAUGAGGAACUGGUAAAUGAAUUAUAUAUCUUCUUCCGAGCCUAUUUUUUUAUUGUAAUCUCCACCUCUCCAAUCUUUUUUAAACGGUUAAAAAAGAUUGGAGAGGUGGAGAUUACAAUAAAAAAUAGGCUCGGAAGAGAUGAAAUUCAUUUUUAAUUUUAAUACUUUAAUUCCUCAUGGUCUGAAUUCAGAUUUCGAAAUUUGUCAUUUUAUUUAAAUUUUAAGGUCUAAUUUUAGUCUUAAUUUUUAUAUAUAAUUCAUUUACCAGUUCCUCAUAUUACCAAAUAUUCUUAUAUUCUUAUUUUUUUAAUAUAAAGUAUUUUUUACAUAUAUUUUACAUAUUUUACACAUUCCAUCUAUUACUAUUUCUUCAUAUGUGCCUAUUUUCCUAUGGGCUGUCACUUUCUAUAUGAUAGGAUAUCACUGGCAUGGAUUUAUUGUCACCUAUAUAAAUUUGUUAUGUACAAACAAUAAUACACUCAUCUAUUAUUAUGUAUAUUUUUGCCAUGUAUGCAGAAUACACUAAUAAUAUGCAUAGCUUUGUUUUUAUAUAUGUAUAAUACUUUAGAAGGGACAAUACAUCAAAAAAUCAUUUAGAGAUGUCCAAAAAUAAAGAGACUAAGUAAAGGACAGAGUUAUUUACAGUGGAACGCAUAGAUCCGAUUCUAUGCGUUCCAGUGACAUCACAGAAGCGCCCCACGGACCAAAACCAGAAGUGACGUACAUGGUGACGCCGGCGCAACGUCAGACCGGAAGUGACACGCAAGCAAUCGGCGGUGGAACGCAGGAUGCGUUCCAAACACAGAAAACCCAGAAGUAAUGAAGACAAGUGCUUUAUAAGGACGCCAAGAAGCUGCCACUGGAUAUACAGACUGAUGCCAACUGAGGAAGCCCCCACCAUAGGGCGAAACGCGUUUUGGACUUACAGAGUCUAUAUAUUGGACUUUUAAUUGGACUUUUUUCAUCUACAUUUUUAAAUUUGUAUUGGGAAUAUUUAUUUCCAUACUCUUUUUUUUUUUUUUUUAUUCACUCUUAUUUCACAAUAAAGUUCCUUCAUUGGAAAUACAUUGGAAUACUGUGAUCUUCUACCCAAGGAGGAAUACCAAGAGGGAUGGGGACAUCCAAAUAAAAAGUCCCACUGCGCUGCACAUAAGAUCCAUAUGUUCCAAUUGGCUCUAGGCUUGUGAGUAAAACUGCUCUAUCUCUACAGAUUACAGUGCAUUUUGAUAUAUUACACUAUGAUGUUUUAUCUUGUUUUUUAGAAUCUGCAGAUGUGUGUCCCACCUAUUGUAUGUAUAUAUCUGUGAAAUGCCUGAAUUAUCUAAAACCAUCAGAUGGAUCUAAGAUUGCAUUUCUUUAUUUUUUUUAACUAACUGGCAUAAAACCAGCUGCCUUCGUUCUUGAGGAUCUUGAAAUUAACACAGAGAGGAUUAUUUACUAAAGUGAACAUUCAGAGGGAAUUUAAAGUGAAUUUCAAAUUUCAGGUCAAAAUAGCCAAAUUGAAAAAAAUCUUAGUCCAUUUAUGCUUCUAUUUUGGCCACUUUGGCCUUAAAUUUGAAAUUCACUUUGAAUUCACUUGGGACUCACACUUCAACAAAUAACCCUGAGAGUAUAAAAAAUAUAACUUUGACAUUAUUCACUAAAUGAAUUAAAUUCUAAACAACUUUUGAAUUAGUUGCAAAAUAACUCCAAACUGUAAAUUGGAAAAGCAUUAGUCAUCUAGAUGUCCUAGGACCAGGGUCAAGUGACAACAGUGUAACAGUUUAGAAAAUAUGUCUUGCUUAUUCACUAUACACUUUUUAUUAAAUUUGGUCCCAAUGAUGGAAGGUACAAGUGGGGUUCCAUUUAAUACGUGAUAUGGGGAAUCCUAAAUACCUAAUUUGUUUUAUGUAUUUAUUAAUUUAUUUAAUCCACUGCUUGUUGGCAUUAUUUUACUGCUAUCAAAACAUUUUUUCUUUUUCCCUCAAGAGCAGACAAAAUAAAAUUUGCAAACUUCUUUUAACUGUCCAAUGUAAGGUCAGUUCGGUGCUUGGCAUCUGCUAAAAUCUCUGAGUUACACAUCAAUUUGUAAACUCUAGAUGGCUUAAGUCCCACCAAUCAUGUACAAAAAGCUUGGUGCCUAGGCUAGUAGCCAGAGCUAUAGUGUCAGAGGUUAAAAUUAAUUGGCCUUUAUUGAUACAUUUUAUUUAUUUUUUUAUUUUUUAAAAUAUUUAAGAUUUCAUUCAAAAAUUACAAAAAAUAAUUGUCAGUGAUAACUUUAACAUUUAGUGCUUUACAAAAUCAAUUAAAUGACUCUAAAACAGAGCUUCCAGUUACGAUGUUUGCUUUAAAGUUUAAUUGCGUAUUUAGAUGAACACUCUUAGCAUCAUAACCACUACAGCAGGCUUCCCCAAACUCCGGCCCUCCAGAUGUUGCUGAACUACAACUCACAUGAUUCUCAGCCUAUCUAUUUUAUUCAUAGAAUCCUGGGAGUUGUAGUUCAGCAACAUCUGGAGUGCCGGAGUUUUGGGAAGACUGCACUAUAGUUUGAUAAGCAGGGAUUUCUACUAGCUCUCUAGAUUUAAGCGCAUGGCUAUGCUGAUCGCUCUUAGCCAGUGAACUAAUCUCUACGCUGCACGGCUUAGCUCAAAGAGAGAAAGAGAGAUAGAGAUCAUCAUAGGAUAUAGUGGAGGUGUCUGUUGGAUCAGUCGGGGGUUUGGGAGCCAGGGAACUCCUGGCACCGUAACCACUAAAUCAAGUUUUAGUGCUUAUGGUUUUUACAGUGUUCAUUUAAUAGCUGACAUGAGACAAAAAGUAGAAGAUUGUAUUCUGAAUAUUCUGCCUCUAUAUUAACAAGAUUUUAACUGGGACACACCAAUAAGCUGGCACAAUACUUUAUAUCUGGACUGCCUCGUUAAGGUAUGUAGGUGAGUACAUCCUUUUAAUAGUGAUGAUGUAACCACACCAUUCAUCUUGAGUCACUACAUAACGUUUUGGUGCCAGUCACUCUUUUAUUUCCAUCAUGAAUUCAACAUCUGAUGAUUUGCAUGCCUAAAUAAUUACAGCUCACAAACCAACACAUGGAGAGACACAAUUUUAUUAAAUAGCUAGGUGCAAACCAUCUAAACACUUCCUCAAAUGUUUCAAAUAUCCAAAUAUCUAUAUAAUAUAGAAUGCACACUAUAACAAUCUCAAAAAACGUAGCUUUAUUAUGUACAAAAGUACCAAAGUGAAAACAUACAAGAAAAAAUAAACACAAUGACAGAAGUAUGGGCAAAUACAAUAAUAUAAUGAUAAAAUACCAAAAAGAUUCUUACAAGCCACAAGACAGAAACACGAGUUACCAAACCCCCCAACGUUUCGGCACCAACUGGCUGCCUUUAUCAAGGGUACCUGUAUCCAUGUUAAGAUGUGCCUGCUUAUAAAGCCCUCUUGCAGCUGAUGGCCAUCAGCAUAUUGUUGUUACCAACUCCGGAAGUGACAUCAUCACUUCAAGUGCUGGUACAAUGUUUUAAUAGUAACAUAAUAAUAUCAUACCAGAAUCAAUUAUGUGCACUGAAAACAUUCACAGAGUAAAGAAAGUCAUAUUACCUAAAAAAAUAUAAUGAAUAUUAGUGCUAUGAUGACGAACCUCUAGUACAUAUACAAUUAAUAAGUAUGCUCCUGCUAUAUCUGGCGUCUAUAAUCGACAUUUUAUUUACUGGCAAGUGAGCGCCUUUACCAAUACGCCCCACAGGUGUCAUGAACACUGUUGAGCGCAAUAAUACCUGUGCAUGCGUUCUAUAAUAAGUGCCGCGCAUGCAUACAGCGAUGUCUCGUUCGCACAUGCGCAUAAUGGCAAACCGUUCUCGCAGGCGCAUCGCUUCUAUCCAAUAGUAUUAGGCUAACGAAUGCUGUAUUAUCAACCACUGAGGCACUCUAUCGUUCUAAGAGCCCGCCCACUCACAGUGGACGGUAACUAAUGUCUAAGUUAAUACAAUAAAUCAUCCGCAUUCUAACUACUAGUGGAUACCAUCCACCAUGUCACAAAUUAUACUCCAUAAACAUCAGUAGACCCCAUACAAAUAUACAGAGUAUGUAUUACAUAUGUACAUGACAAAGAGGACUAACAAAAUAAUAAAGAGAUGAAAGAAUAAAUAUUAAUAGAUCCACCUUAUAAAUAGAGUGUGAUCAGUGACCCUAUAUAUGAAACCAUCUCCCACAAAUAUUACAAGACAAAACACACAAAAAAAUCAAAACGUGAUGCACAAAAAAUAUUUUUUAAUUAAUCAAACACCCAAUGUGUAAUGGAUUGAUCGUUACAGGUGCCAAAUGAUAAUGCAAUACAUAGUGGUUCUCCAUAUGGUACAUGUUAACUACUUAGCUAUGUAGUAUUAAUUAACCCCCUAAGGACACAACUUCUGAAAUAAAAGGGAAUCAUGAUGGAAUAUUUCCGUCAUGUGUCCUUAAGGGGUUAAUCCAAAAAAUAAUUAUUUAGUAUAUUUAAAAGAUAACUAUAUUACCAUAAUCAUUUACACAAAACAAUUAUUAUACUACGUACAGGACAAUAUAAUUCAAUGUGACCCGCAUAUAAAAGGCUAUUCAUCAUCAACUAUAAAGAUACAACAAUAUAUUUAAAAAUUCAUCACAAGCGUAUAUCAUUUUAGAAAAAGUAUCAUUAAACAAUCAUUCAUAAUCAACUAUAGAGAUAUAUCAAUGUUAUUGAAGAAUCUAUUGUAAACGUAUAUCAUAUUGGAAAAAUCAUUACUACGUCACCUUCAUCAACAUAUACACUGACUAUACUCAUACCAACCGCAUAAACAUAACAUAGGUAAACAAUAUUAUAUCCCCCACAAAAAAACACUACUCGUGGCCAAAAGCUCUCUUAGUCAUGGGUACCAUCGUUCAAUAUUGUCAAUAUACCAAAUAUAUAAAUAAUCAUGAGUCAUAAUAUAUAUAAACAAAACUGCUACAGUAUGAGAUACAAAACUAUAUAUGUUCAUAAUGGGUCAUCAUAACAAAAACAUAAGCCAAUUCAACGUGUAUGAUGAUACAUUCUAAUCGAUUCAAUAUCUUCCGGCACUCUAACGUCACAAGUACCAUGGUCCAAAUGGCCACUGUAGCUCCAAUCUAUAAGAGAAAAUAAAAAAAAAUAUAUAUCAAGAUACAAAAUGCAGGCAGAGUAAAAUAUUGCCAGGAUUAUAGAAAUGGUGAUAGAUCCUUAUCCUCAUUCAGACCCUUAGGAUACAAAGUCUGCAGCUCGUAAAUCCAGUAUACCUCACGUUGUUUAAGCCUAACAACUUGCGAAAUGCCACCCUUACUGCAUUUUAUCACAAAAUCAUGUACCACAGUUGGGAGACUGUACGCCUUUUCUCAGUGAAGUGUCUGGCCACCGGAUAUUGCAUCUUAUUCGUCCGUAUGCCGCUUUUGUGUUCACUGAUCCUUACAGUAAGCGUGGUUUCACCCACAUACGCUAAUCCACACGGGCAUUUGAGCAUGUACACCCCAAACUGAGACUGGCAAUUACAAAAUUCCCAAAUAGGGUAUCUCCUACCUGUCCUCGGGUGCGUAAAAUGAUCUCCCGUGAUCACCCCAUUGCAGUUAAUACAAUGCCCACAGCGGUACAUACCCGGUAUCGCAGAAAGACAGGUAUCAGCUGUAUCCGUCUUCCCCUGUAGAUUGACAUUCUUCAUUAGAUGGUCCCGUAGGCUCUUGUGCCGCUUAAAUGAAAACAAAGGUCUCUCAUUAAAACAAGGGAGAAGUUUAGGAUCAGAUUGUAAAAUGUUUAUAUAUAUAUAAAUAAUUACAGCUAUCACUAUUGUGUUAAUUUAUGUCCGCAGUGUCAGACAGGUGUGGUAUACCUUUGAUUAAAUGGCAUUUUUACAAUGAUGUAUAAAAAAAGGGUUAAUCCAGCCUCUAGUGGCUGUCUCAUUGACAGCCACUAGAGGCCACUUCAGCGAUUCUCACUGUGAAAAUCACAGUGAGAAGAUGCUGACGACCAUAGGAAACAUAGGCUCUGGCCGCACAAGCACAUUUGGUUCCACUCGGGAGCCAACGUCAGAGGGGUAGGAGAGGUCACCAGUGCUGAGGGAGCCCGGCGCUGGAUAAAGGUAAGUGGCUGUAGGGGUUUUAAACCCUUCAGCCCAGCGGGAGGGGGGGCCAUGAAUGAAGGGGGGACUUAAGGACUACAUAGUGCCAGGAAAACGAGUUUGUUUUCCUGGCUCUAUAGUGGUCCUUUAAGAAAAACAUUUGUUUUUAAAUUUAGUUUCAUAAUCUCCAGGCUAUAAGCUUGUUUGAGCAGGGCCCUCAACACCCUCUUUUCCUGUCAAUCCAACCCGUCUUGUUGCAAAAGCUUGUCUGUUAGUCCCUCUAUUGUACAGAGCUGUGGAAUUUGUUGGCGCUUUAUAAAUAAUAAUACAUUCUAAAUCUCUACACUGUUAAAUUUCAGCAGUCAUUUUAUAAGAUGACAGCUUACAGUGGUUUGUCUAAGGGCAGCAGAACAUCUCUAACUGAAACGCAAAAUAAUUCUGUACCGAAUGACCUUGCUGAUUGGUUGAACAGAGAUUGUAGAUUGAGCGAAAAGAUGGCAAUCAGUAUUAGGGAAAAGAGGGAAUCUUCAUGCUGAGUGAUCAUUAUGUCAUUACAAUUGUAACUCUCAGUAAAUUCAUUAAAUGCUGGUUUCAUUUUCAGAAAUAUAUGCUUUUGUGUUUUAAUACUUUAAGUAACGUACAGCUUGUAAAUCAUUUAUUAUGCAUUGUAAAUGUCACCAUAAUUGACAAGCAGAAAUUGAACAUUCUAAAGUGAGAACUCCACCACACACUUAUAUAUACAGACACAACUGUGGGUUCCUUUUGUGAAUUUUAAUAUAAGAUCUAUUCACUACGGUGAUAAUUUAAAGUGAAUUCCAAAUUGAAGGCCAAAGUAGCCAAUCUGCAAGCAUAGUUGACUAGGAGAAUUGUUCAAGUUCACCUGUUUUGAUCUAAAAUUUGAAAGUCACUUUAAAGGAUCACUAUGGGGUCAGGAACACUAACAUGUAUUCCUGCCCCCUUGUUGACAUCAUCAAAAUUCCCAUAGGGAAAGCAUUGGAUUGGCUAAAAUCAGCAAGGAGGCAGGGCCAAACACUGUUUUGGCCAAUCAGCACCUCCUCAUAGAAAUGCCUUGAAUUAAUGUAUCUCUAUGGGGAAAAUUCAGCGUCUGAACGGCAGGGCCGCUUAAUGUGCAGCACUGAGCCAGGAAGCACCUCCACUGGCCAUCUGAGGAGUGGCCACUUGGAGGUGUCCCUAGGGGCAAUGUAAACACUGCAUUUUCUUUAAGCUGUAGUUGUUCUGGUGACUAUAGUGUCCCUUUAAAUUCACUUUGCAUUCCCUGCAAUUCUCACUUUUGUGAAUAACCCUGUAUGUGUUUCUGUGAGUGCAAACUAGCAAUUUAUUUUUAUUUGUUAUCAAUUCAUAAAAUAUAUUUAUUUGAUGAAAAAUAGUGUGCUAAUGUUUUUGCCAUAGAUUAAAAUGUGGUUAAAUUCUGUUUGAUAGAUAAUUUAAUAGAUACAUUUACUAAAUAUUUUUUUUGAAUUUUAUUUUAAAAUAUAAAAAAGCAUGGCUAACUCAUAUCUCAUCACAUGAUAUGUGAUUUAACUUUACAUUUUGGCAUUUCUAAAAUGUGAAAUUGCUAUGAAAGAAGAAGCAUGCACAUAAUAGCAAUUUUAUCUAAUGUGUACAUUACUGCUUAAUGUAAUAUUUGAUGUAAUAAACGAUGUAAAGCUGAAAGCUGGUCUUCAGCAUAUUGUGAACAUAAAAAUAUAUCUGCAGUAAACAAAAAAAACAUUCAGUAGGGGUCUAGUCACUAAAUGCCGAAUGACAAUCUAACAACAGUUGAAAUGAGCUUGGUUAUCAUAAUUUGUCUGUCUGAAGCAACUUGACUAUUCUCAAAAGGCAAAUUUGGUUAUUUCUAAUAGCCAUUCGGUUAUCCUUUAAAUGUAGCCAAAGCUCUGUAUAACCCCUUAAAGACACAACUUCAGAAAUAAAAGGAAUCGUGACGGAAUAUUUCCAUCAUGUGUACUUAAGGGGAUAAAGUGGGUUUAUUGGCUGUUUAUAAACAACCAAAUUGCCAACGAAUUGGUUUAAUUUUGUUAAAUUAUUCUGAUAUAGACCCUCAUAUAGAUUUGCAAAUAACAGGGUUAUUCACUUCAAAUUUAAGGUCAAAAUAACUGAAAUGGAAAAAUUCUCUAACUCAGAUAUUCUUCCAGUUAAGCUACUUUAGCCUUACAUUCUAAGUUUAAAACUGUUAAACUCUAAAAGGGUUAUUCAGUAAAAUGAGAAUUGCUGGGAAUUCAAAGUAAAUUCAAAGUGAAUUUAAAAUUUAACGUCAAUAUAGCCAUUCUGAAAACAGGUAUGACUCGGAGAAUGUCUCUAAUUCGGCUAUUUUCCAGCAAUUCUCACUUUAGGAAGUUACUCUGCCAGCUUCCUAAUAUUAAAUGAACACUAUAGUCACCUAAAUUACUUUAGCUAAAUAAAGCAGUUUUAGUGUAUAGCUCAUUCCCCUGCAAUUUCACUGCUCAAUUCACUGUCAUUUAGGAGUUAAAUCACUUUGUUUCUGUUUAUGCAGCCCUAGCCACACCUCCCCUGGCUAUGAUUGACAGAGCCUGCAUGAAAUAAAAACUGGUUUCACUUUCAAACAGAUGUAAUUUACCUUAAAUAAUUGUAUCUCAAUCUCUAAAUUGAACUUUAAUCACAUACAGGAGGCUCUUGCAGGGUCUAGCAAGCUAUUAACAUAGCAGGGGAAAAGAAAAUCUUAAUUAAACAGAACUUGCAAUAAAGAAAGCCUAAAUAGGGCUCUCUUUACAGGAAGUGUUUAUGGAAGGCUGUGCAAGUCACAUGCAGGGAGGUGUGACUAGGGUUCAUAAACAAAGGGAUUUAACUCCUAAAUGGCAGAGGAUUGAGCAGUGAGGCUGCAGGGGCAUGUUCUAUACACCAAAACUGCUUCAUUAAGCUAAAGUUGUUCAGAUGACAAUAGGGUCCCUUUAAUCCACCCUAAUGGUACCCCAUGCUACCCUUAACUUGCAUUUACAAUAUUGGCAUCUUUUAUUUUGUUCUUGUUGCAAAGAAGCUUGUUUUCAAUUUGAUUGCAAUUUAUUAGCAAUUUUAGUUCAUAUGACUCUAUCUCCAACAAUGGAAUCCAUUCGAAAAUAGCAGGGAUCCGUUUAGUGAAUAUUAUAUGAAUAUAUUAACAAUGUAAUGCAGUAGAAUUGAGUUAAAUGCAACUGGACAAAAUUGCAAACGCAAAUUGUGUUAGUGAAUUGACCCCAAUAGUUGUUAAAUAGAUUAUAAAAGCUAAAUUCACUUAAUUAUGUGCCAGAUCAGAUGGAUCCAUGAGUUAAAAUUAUAAUGCUCUACUAGUCAAUGUAAUAGGAAAAUAUGAUAUGUGAUUGCUUUACUGGUCUGUGGCAGAUAAAAUGGUAAUGGACACUUGUUAUAAUCCGUAAUAAUAAUAAUAAUUAAAAAUAAAUUAAUGUGGAGACGUGAUGAAUCAUUAUCUUUUAUUGCCAAGUGCUGUAAAGUAAGCUUUUAACACGUACCCAGUCGUUGAAAUUGUUUCCAUGCGAGGUUCCACCCCUCUUGAAAAACAAUCACAUAAUAAUUAUCUGUUUUCUUCUGAAUAAUUUAUUAGUACUGAGAUGUCUGGGCAUUCCAACCCGGGUAAUCACAAAUUUCAACUCCGCCCACAACACAGACGGUAACAUGAACGUGGAUAUGCACUAUGACACAGAAGGAAAGUUCCUGGAAAUUCAUGAUGACAGCAUAUGGUAAGACUAGGAGGGCUAUUUACUAAAAUGAAAAUUCAAAGUGAAAUUCACAUUUAAAGGUUUAUUGUAGUGCCAGAAAUACAAAGCUGUGUUCCUGGUACUACCGAUCCCUCUGCCUCCCCCCUCCCUUGCACCCCUCCUACCUGUUAAAUAAUGUUUUCAAAACCCUUUAUUUACUUACCUGAUCCCAGCGCCGAUGUCCCUCAGUGAUGGGUCAAAGCUCCGCCCCCUCUUCCAUCCCAUGACGAGCGGGGUCUAAUGCACAUGCGCAGCUAGUGCCGCACGCGCAUUAGACCUCUGCAUAGGAAAGCAUUAAUUUAAUAAAACCAGGAAAAAAAUCUGACGCUGGAGGUCCUCAUGCAGAGUGAGUGUUUGGUUUCCGGAAGCCCUCUAGUGGCUGUCUGAUGGACAGCCACUGAGGGCAGACUUAGAGCUGCAAUGCCAACAUUGCAGUUCUCUGGAACACAGCACUCAGACCACAUCAAUGAGCUGAAGUGGUCUGGGUGCCUACAGUGUCCCUUUAAGGCUAAAAUAGACAAACUGGAAAAUUCUAGAAGUUUGUUAUGCUUCUUUGUAUUGGAAUUAGCUCUGCUGUAUGGAUUGAGUGACAAACGCAUGUUAACACACUUUACAAGCAACUAAUUAUUAUUGUUUUAUUCCCAUAUAAACCUAAGGGGAGUGAAAUGAGUGUCUCAUUGAACAGCCAAUGUUAGCCUGGUGCCUGUCAUAAACAGGCAGCUUAAUAUCAACAAAAUUCAAUCUCACCCUAAUACAACCAAAGCUAAACUAAACUCACUUGGUGUAGCAAGGUCAUGACACACCUAGGGCCAAGUUCUUUACCUGUGCCACCUCACCCCCAACUAUAGCAAAUAAUAGAGGUAUGACAUAAUUCCAAGGUUAGUCUGAUUCAGCUCUUUAUUUUUUAUGCUAGGGUCUGCCGAAGGAUUUUACUACUCUGGGAAAAAAUUCAAAUUGAUGUUCCCUGGUUCAUACCUCAUCUCCAUUUAGUCUCUUUUUGUCAGCCCUUUUCUUUCGAGUGUCUUUUUUGCCAGUCUAUCCCACCAAUCUUUCUACCAAUCUUUUUUUUUUCAUUCUGUCUCUUUUCUCCCGUUAAUUGCCAUUAUGCUAUUUUUAUCUUAACUCACAUUUUUUACUCAUCUCUCCACCAGUCUGUCUUGAAGUCUUUGUCUGUAGAAGCUGUGAGGCUGCUUCUGUUGUGUGUGUUGACUGCUUGUAGCGCUGUAUGUGUUGUUUGUGUGAAGGGCUGUAUGUUGUUCAUAAGGAGACUGUGUUUGUUAUGUAUGAUAAGGUUGUGUGUGUUUUGUUUGUGGGGAGGCUUUUUGUAUUGUUCUGGGGCACUGUGUAUGUUUGCACAGGAGUGUGUCUUAGAAGUCUAGAUCUUCUAAAUGAUUCAUUAACGGAGAGCCGGAACAGUGGCAGAGCAUCGGUUUCCAAUUAGCACCUGCCUGAGGUGCAAAGCACAUAUUUUCUGGAACAGUAAUGGGGCCUGAGUUUGUCAACAAGAUCGUUUAAUCUUCCUAUUGAUUAUUGGUCUGCUGCACCCAUGUUGGAGUAUAAGUUCCAGGUAAACUCAGGGCACAGGGACAACUGCCACCAAUGUAUCCACCCUCGCUAUGCCCUUGACUCCUUCUGAAAGUGAUCUGCAGUAUCUUCACAUCCUACAAGAUUUAGGGAAUAUACCACUGAAUCCUUGUACUCUAAAGACAUGCAGCUACAUUGCAGUGUACAUUGUUGUAGUGAUGCACAAUUAGAAAUGAUGUUAUAAUAACAUUGUUGUCUUAUGAAAAUAUAAUCAUGAUAGUAUUUUUUCUAUGAUGCCACUUAAUAUUUUAGUUCUUCUAACUUAAGCAAGUUUAAAGUGAAUCUAUUACGGCAACUUGAAUACUUGCCAAAAUUGCAACCGCACUAUAUUAAAAAGUUGUUUAACUAGAUUUAUUUAUUUUGGCGAUACAGCUGAGCUACUAUGCAAAAUGUAAUAAAGAGCAUUGAACAUUCUCUAGAAUGAGAAAUAAAAAACACUAUUUAUUUGACCCUAAUCGGAUAUUAUGUUUCACACAGGAAUUUCCAUGUCUGGAAUGAGUGUUGGUUUUUGCGCAGGGAUAUAGGUUAUUUCUAUAGUGGAUGGCAAGUGCUAGAUUCUACUCCCCAAGAGGAAAGUCAAGGUAAAAAAAUAAAAUACUUUUUACGCUGUGAAAUGUUGUUAAUUGUAAACUUAAUUGCAAAAUUUAGGCAAAAAGUGUGGAGUUAGAAAAAUUCUCUUCUUUAAAAGGCCGCUCUAGGCACCAACACAACUUAAAAGACAACUAUCACUUCAAAACUAUUCUUUAAUAUUAUAAUCCUUUCACCAAGUUUUGAAAGGAAAUAGAUUUUUUUCUAACGAAGUGAAUGUAAAUUAAAAUGUAUGACGCUACUGAGUUUUCAAAACAACGUUUCUCUUCAGGAGUGCAUCGUUGUGGACCCACUUCUGUGAUUGCGGUGAAAGAGGGCGAUGUGAAUCUGGGUUACGAUACUCCAUUUGUAUUUGCUGAGGUGAAUGCAGAUCGUGUCACUUGGAUCGUUCACAAGGAUGGCUCCAAGGAGAAAGCCUAUACUGACAGCAAAUUUGUUGGGCAAUGCAUUAGCACAAAAGCUAUUGGCAGUGACGCUCGUGUAGACGUCACACACAAUUACAAGUUUCCUGAAGGUAUGCUACAACAUAAUUCAAAUAUAUCAUUUUGCUUUUGGGUAAAUUUAAACAGGUUUAUUUUAUAAACCAAAAAAAAAAAAAAAAAAAAAGCAGUGUAAUAGCGUGCACUCGUAAAUGUGCACAAUUUAUUAAAUAUUUUCGAGAUUUAGAUUCUAAAGUCUCACUUUCAGAUUUUAUUAGUGAUUUUUAACUUAGAAUUACCAUUAAUGAAUGCAAUAAAAAAGAUUUUACAAUAUAAAACUACAUGAGUUUAAAAAAGGCAAAAAGUAGCACAAAAGUAUAAUAUAAUAGAGAUGAUAAAUCUAGUAGUGAGUACAUUAAAUAGAUGACUAAACAUUUUUAAAAGGAAUACAUUAUAAUUGGAAAUUAAGAUCUGCUAUUCUAUCACUUCAGCGUUCUUCAUAGUAUUUGGCUUGGUUACCAUUAUACAUUACCUACAUGUCAAUUACUAUAUAUUGAAAGUUCCAACAGUAUACAGCAUUCUUAUUCUUACAGGCUCUACCGAUAUAUAUGUACCUGCGAUCUCCAUCCCGAUAAAUCGCAGACAACUCUUUGAGCCAAUUGCCUAGCCUACUAGUCAAGUAUAGCCUCUGUUAUACUCUUUGUUACUGCUUUUUAUUAGAAUUACAGCACGCUACUAGAUCCUCUAUUACCAGUGGCACAGAUUUAGAGCCGCUACCAUUAUCACUUCAGCACUCUCUAUAGUAUUUGGCUUUGUUACCAUUAUACAUUACUUAUAUGUCAAUUAUCACAUACGGAAAGUUUUAAUAGUAUACAGCAUUUAUACUCUUGCAGGCUCCAUUACUAUACAUGUAGAACUGUGUCAUUAUCAUUAGGCAUUACACACAUUAUGCGUAUCUAACAAUUAUAUGUUAGGACCUGCGGUCUCCAUCUUGACAAUCGCAGACUGUUCUUUGAGCCAUUUGUCCAGUAUACUUUCUGCACUUAGACCACUCUUUUACAUUUCAUCACUCUCCCACUAUUAUGGCUAUUACCAGCUAAACAUCUUUCCCAAGCAGCUCAGACGUGAGUACUCCUAUACCAUUCAAGACAUUAGAGUCUAUUCAAGUUAAUUAACAUUGUAUCUUUUUUGUUUUUAGUGAAUUUUCUUGAUUUAGCAUUUUUGGGUUAUUGUUAUUUUUUCGAUACUAUUUAGUACACAAUAAAUUCUUUCUUGUUUUUUGACCUUUUGGUCUUUUUACUCAUGCCUCUUAUCUUCAUAUACCUUCUGGCUAUUAUUUAGUACAGGCAUACGUUAUUUUCUCCCAGUUUGUAGGUACACUACUCUCUAGUUUACUGCUUAUUUCCACUAGGGGUUACCCCCCUGUACUUAGUGUACCUUAUUUGCCUGCAUCCAAUUAGUUUUCACUAUAAUUGGAAAUGAGAGGAAUUUAGAACAAUAAAAUAGAGUGAGUCAUUCUAAUUUAGAUAAUAAUAUGAAAAAAGGAGGCGAGUUAUUGGACUUGAACUCGUUGGCUGCAUUUUGAUAUGAAUUGUGAUGAUAGUUCUAAAUAGUUUGCUGGGACUAGGUCCUAUGCCCUUUUGUGGUUCACCGUUGGUCCCAAUAGCGCAUUUAUAUUAUAUAUUUCUGUAUGCUCUUGACCAUUCUCUGUCUACUUAGGUAUAACCCAGCCACUCUAAGGUCCGGUAAUAUGUAAAAAAUUUAUCAUUUUGGGGUUAACACACUGCAUGUUGGGCUGUACUAUACCGUUGCAGUGUUUCGGAAGGCUGUUCGUCUUAAAUGUAGGAAGGUGUGAUUCGGGCUGCAUAAACAAAGUGGUUUAACUCCUAAAUGGCAGAGAAUUGAACAGUAAGACUGCAGGGACAUGGCCUAUACACUAAAACUGAUUAAUUAAGCUAAAGUUGUUUUGGUGACUAUAGUGCCCCUUUAAUACAGUUGGAUGAGAUUUCCAAGUGUUUUAACAUUUUGGGGCUAAACAGCAACCCAACAUGAAUAGUAAAGAUUCUCUGUCUCCUUGUUUCAAUAUGCGGAUUGCUUUACAGUCCCUUACAAUUUGUCCAAGGUCACGUAUAGGUGUAGCAUUAUUCUCUAUAAAUGGACAUAACUGGGGAAAAAAGAAGGAAUAUCUCAGGAAGGUUCACCACCUUCAUUAGUUUUUUUUGGUUGAAAAAACUUACCAUAACAUUUUUUUAAAACAGGAGAUGCAUAGCUAUCACAUAAACACAACGUUAAAAACCAAGGGUAUAAAUGUAUAAAUUCAGUGUGAUUUAAAAAUGGAAAAAAUACCCUAAUUAUCGGUAUUCGUGAGGAACUUGAUGGCAAGUUUUAGAAAUCCAUCUUCUUACAAAUGCUACCAGAAUUUAAAAAAUUAGUGUCUGUUUCUGCAUAUCCUCCUGGGAACUGAGGGAAAAAAUGUCUAACAAUAUGUCAUCCAUUUUCGAUGAAAAAGAAGAGGAAGUUCCCAGCAUCCCAGCCUAUCACAUGACAUAUCGCUGGGAAGUCCAGGAUGUCCUCUUUACAAAGCAGGAAUUGAUUGAGUAUCUCAAAACAAUAAAAGGAGAUGCAUGUGAACGGAAUGUCCAGUACAGAGGACACAAGUUAAUGGGCUGGGUCUCAGGAGAAUAUAACUUUCAAAUACUGUAUGUAUAGUUACAUUAUGUAAUAGUUAUAGUUCCCAUUUACAGUUCUACUGCAGAGAGACAAAGAAAAAAAAAGGACACAAUACGAAAAUCUGUUGCUGUACAGGGUGAAGACAACCACUAAAGCAAAAUGGGGCUUUUUGUCAUUAACAUUGUUUUGCAUUGGGUUGCAACACAAAACAAGACCUAAUCUCAUGUAUGUAUUGUUGGUAUUGUUAGGAUGAGAUACAAGUGUUUUUUCUUUUUUUUACAUUUCACUGAUGUUGUAUCUAUUCACAGGUUCACCACAGGAAAGAGAAGUGUUUGAGAAAGCCAGUCAAUAUAUGUCAUUUUACAAAACGCCUCUCGAGAUAACAAAUUUCAGUCACAGUACCGUAGAAAGCAGAACGAGGGAUGAGCAGCCAGCUCAGCCAACACCUGCAUUAACUGCAAGGUCAUUAUUAAAUCCACUGCUUACAUCGUAUACUGGGAAUACAUUACCUUCAAUACCUGAACGAAAUACGUUACCUCCAGUGGAUGAAAGAAAUACAAUGCCUUCGAUGUCUGCAAGAAAUGGAUUACCACCAAGGCCAGGAAGAAAUGGAUUACCAUCCAGGUCAGAGAGAAAUGGAUUGCCAUCUAGACCUGGAAGAAAUGCAUUUUCACCUGAAAGAAGAGCAUUUUCACCUGGAAGAAAUGCAUUUUCCCCUGAAAGAAGUGCAUUUUCCCCUGAAAGAAGGCCAUUUUCACCUGAACGAAGGGCAUUUUCACCUGAACGAAGUGCAUUUUCCCCUGAACGAAGUGCAUUUUCCCCUGAAAGAAAUGCAUUCACACCUGAACGAAAUGCGUUUUCUCCUGCAAGAAGAGCAUUUUCACCCGACAGAAAUGCAUUUUCACCUGAAAGCAGUGCUGGUCAUGCAGCACCUACUAUACCAGACCCUGAGAUUCCAGACAUUUCUGGGAAGUUUAAGAUUCUUGGCCCUCUAGUGGUCGGAGAUGAUAUUAAUCUGAUUUUAUUAUUAAAGAAUCUUACUCCCUUCCACAAACCGAUAAAAGUAAACCUAAGCGCUUCUUGCAUCCUAUACACAGGACGACGGUUGGCUGACAUAUUUACUGAUCAAAAGUCUUUGGUUAUAAGUCCAAGUCAAGGUAAUUCUUCUAAUACAUUUUGGUCUUCAUGUGUUUAUGUUUCCAGUACCUAGAAAUCAUAAUAAUAUUAUAUCAAAAAAAGUAUGUAUUAAGAUAAUUUGGUAUAAUGUCAGCUUUAAAAUGCUAUAAUGUUGCCAAACUGAAAAUAUUAAAGCAACAGUAUAGCAUUGUUUUUUAUAAAUUGUGUCCUUAAAAAUGAUAGGUACAUUGUUGUACCCAGGCCUCCCAGCUGUCCCAAAUCUAGUGGGACAGUACAGAUUUUUGCAUCCUGUUCCAAGGUUUGUUUGGGAACAUUAUGGAACUGUCUCCAUUAAGCCAGAAAGCAGAAGAGGGUAGUGUAACAGCGCAUUGCGUACGGUCCACCCUUGAUGGGAUUGGUCAGUGCAAGUGGCUCUCAGCCCGGUGUGCAUUCAUGCCAGUCUGGCAUGCCUAUUGUUCAGGUCAGAGAUGCCCAAAAGGUAGAUCCCCAGAUGUAGAAUGAAAACUCCCAUGAUGCUCUGCAUGCCUUCAAAAUGCCUUCAGAAUGGCAAAGCACCAUGGAAUCUUUAGUUUUAAAAUAUCUGGGGAUCUACCUUUUAGGCAACCCUGCUUCAGGUGGACUGCUCAAUUUUCAGGGGAGCCUGCCUUUUUUGCAACGCCACUGAUGCAGAUUUAAUCACUGGACUGUCUCCUUUUGACCUUCUUACCUAUGUCUGGCUCUAAGGUACAGAAAAUUAAAUGGUAUUGUUGUACCUGGUGCUAUAAUGAUGCAGGGUUUGCAGGUUCAGGGAGGUGAUGCAAUGGUGUUUAUGGAGAACUUUGCCUGGACGAUAAUCAUGAGUUACCAUACACAGCAUUCUGAAGGCACUUUAACUGUAAACACCCCCUAUGUUAUAAAUGCGGAAGAGGGCAUUUACAUACUGCUCAGCGUGUAAUAAGAGACCUAAUGUAUAUACCCUAACCUUAGUCAUGGAGGAGUGUUUUAAAUGGUAUAUUGUUAACUGAGCACAACACACAUUCUGCAUUCAAUACAAAUAACUAAAUCAUCGAUGGGCUCUUUUGAAUUCCGUUCAGUAUUAAUAAACGCAUACCUGUGAGACAAUGUCUGAACAGAAACAUGACAGGCACCAGGUGGUGCUGUUUUCUUUUUUAUCACUUGUACAUGACAUCAUGAAGCCAUAAAGACUGGAAAAAAAAAAAAACAGUUGAGAAACUAUUUUGUUAUUAACAAGAAAAAAAUAAACUGUAGUGGAUGGGAAAAAAACAAACACUAGUUAUUUACAAUGGGCUUAAUUUACUAAAUGCUGACAGGCUCUUUUUUUCUGCAGUGCCAUUAAGUAAAGGGUUCCAUCUGGAGUAUGAGUGAUACAAAAAAAAAGAGGACAUAGUCUUAAAUUAGAGGGGCAAAGGUUUAAAAAUAAUAUCAGGAAGUAUUACUUUACUGAGAGGGUAGUGGAUGCAUGGAAUAGCCUUCCAGCUGAAGUGGUAGAGGUUAACACAGUGAAGGAGUGUAAGCAUGCGUGGGAUAGGCAUAAGGCUAUCCUAACUAUAAGAUAAGGCCAAGGACUAAUACAAGUAUCUAGAAAAUUGGGCAGACUAGAUAGGCUGAAUGGUUAUUUUCUGCCAUCACAUUCUAUGUUAGGUCUUUUUUUUUUUUUUUUUUUUAACUGUUUGUAUCAACUAUCGUGGCAAACACUAUGUAUAUAAAGAAAAAGGUGCACACAAAAACAGCAAGGUGAAAGCAGGCUCUAACACUUAAGUGAAGGAAUCCCUUAACCUUCACAACACAGAACAUGCAAAUAGAACAAAGUUUAAGUAGAGCUCUGGUUUACCUGUACAAACAGUAGUAUAAUAUAGGUAGACAAAAAUACUAUUGCAAUAAUCUGCAAAUAAAUAACAAUAUAAUCUUAGUGCAGACGGUAGUCACAAACUUAAAUAAAUGAGAGAUAAAUUGUAGAUGGGUAACUCACAAAAGUAGAGCCAAUAACACACUUGGCUCUAGUGGUAAACGCCUCAGGAUCUUCUAAGGGAGGUCCACCACCCUCUUUUUGUUUCCUCCUGAUGUCCUCCACCUUGAAUUUGAGUAGGAAUGGAAAAGGAAACUCCAAAAGACGGCAUAAACAAAAUUUAUUGUAUUAAAAGUAAUCAAUAUAAAAUUGAAGAUAAAAUAGAAUUGAUAAAAAAUGAAUAUAGUGGCAAACAGUUUUAAAAUCUUACACCAGGGACAUACAUUAGAUGGCUGAGCUCAGUUAUGCUCAGAUGUCAGCCUGCAACUCGUAAUAGUAAACACCUUUAAAUUGACUUCUGAGUAAAAAUUGCAGCAGCUGCAGCUAUUAAUUCACUAGUGAAUCGGCAUGAGAAUAAUUUUGUUGCACUUUUAACAAAUCAUGAUUUGCUAUCAUUACAUAUAAUUGAGAACAAUGAUUAGGCUGCCCUUGGAUCUGUGAACUAACAUCAGCUGUUUUCCUUUUGCAGAUGCACACGUCUCAGUACAAAUUCCUUACUCCCAAUACCAGGAAUGUUUAAAUAAUGGCAAUAGGAUCCAGGUGGUGGCACUUUGUGAAUUACCUGUAGGUAAUAAAGUGCUCAUCACAAAAGACCUUGUCUUGGAGAAUCCACCUAUUUAUAUCAAGGUAAUGUGAUGAUAAAAGCAUAGUGCAUGUACACACUAAAACAGGGGUGCCCAAACGGUAGAUCCCCAGAUGUUUUAAAACUACAGCUUCUCUGAUUCCAUGAUUUCAUUCUAAAGGCAUUCCAAAUACAUGCAAAGAAUAAUGGGAGCUGUAGUUCUACAACAUCUGGGGAUCUACCUUUUGGGCACCACUACACUAGAGGCAUCAUGUAGGUAAAAUAAAUUCAAACACCUUUAAUUGCCAAAAAAAAAAAAAAAAGCUAUUCACUUGAAGUCAUGCCAGAAAUUUUGGGUGCAAUUGGCAAUCAUUUCCAUAAAUCCAGAAAGGGAAUAAAAUAUGUGCACUGACUAUAUAGAUUUAUAUAGAUGUAUGAGAACCGGUGACUGCACUUUUAUUUUGAGAAAGGUGCUGCAAAUGCAAAGGUUUUACCCAAGAUGGUAUAGAUUUUUAUUUACUUGGUUAAAAAAAACACAAUGGUUUCUGCUAUCUAUAUACUAGAUCAGGGGUAGGUUUUAGUCAGGACUCCAGAUGCUAUAGACUUAAUCUUGCUGAUGGAGGUGUAAUGUCACCUUUGACAGUGUAAUUAGCCAGCCAGGAAUGAAAGUUCCAAGCUAGCUAAUGUCUAUUGUGUGCAUAUUCUGUGCAUAUUGGUAGUCCACCCAGUGGUGGUGCUACUUACCUGCUUAUUAAGUCUAUCUUCCGGGAUGUCUGUCCUCCUUCAGCAAGAGGGAGUGACACUACUGAAAGCGAAUCAGGCUGCACAGAGAACUCAGUGUGGGUUUACAGUUAAAGGGACACUGUAGACACCAAAACACUUUAGUGUAAUGAAGCAGUAUUGGGGUAUAGAUCAUGCAGUCUCACUGCCUAAUUCUCUACCGUAAAAGGAGGAGCACUUUGUUUAUACAGCCCUAGUCACACCUUCCUGCAUGUGACCUAUGCAGCCUUCCUAAACACUUCCUGUAAAGUGAGAUCUAAUGUUUAAACGUUCUUUAUUGCACAGUCUGUUUAAUUAAGAAUGUCUUAUCUCCUACUUUGUUAAUAGCCUUCUAGGCCUUACAGCAGCUUCCUGUGUGUGACUAAAGUUCAAUAUUCAGAGCAAAAGAUACACAACUUCUAAUGCAAGUUAACUUCUGAUUGAAAAUCAAACCAAUUUUUCAUGUAGGCUGUAUGAGUCACGGCCAGGAGAGGUGUGGCUACGGCUGCAUAAACAGAAACAAGAUAGAUUUAACUCCUAAAUGGCAGAUGAUUGAGCAGUGAAACUUCAGAGCCAUGAUCUAUACACCAAAACUGCUUCAUUAAGCUAAAGCUGUUUUGGUAUCAAUAACAUCCCUCUAGGUGUGUUUGUUUGUUUGUUCUUUCUUUCUUGCAAGUGCUACAGUAAUAAUACAUGUUUUAAUAAGACACUGUUUUUGGUUGCAAUAACGCUUUAAAAUAUUCUUAUUACAAAGUGAAAAAGAAAAGUAACAAACUAAAAAACAAGUAGUGCAAAUGUAGCACAACAAAUUAGAACAAUGAAUGUGACAGUGAAAUUUGUAUCUCUUGUGGUAUAGCUCAUUCAUGCCAUCAGUGAACAAAGGUCCCCCAGUAUUCUUAAAAUACAGCAAUUUAUCAGGGAGCAUAAUGAUCCCACUAAGACUCAGGGGAUACAGUAUAUCAAACUUGUUGUAAUUGUGAAGUUCUGGGUCUGGUUAUAAAGGAUCCUGUGAGAUCUCAAACUUAAUCUUAUGCUCAUUAAGCAGUAGAAUUACUGUACUUUCAUCUCAACGAUAUACUAAAAUAGAAGUUGACCUGGGUAUGAUAGCCCAACUCAGCAGUCUCAUAAAAGAGUGCAGCCAUGUCUGGGCACAACUCACCUUAUUAUAUGUCUAGACACGUCGGCAGGUUGACUUGCAGACUAAUUUCUGUUUUCUUUUGCCAAGGCUCAUGGUAAUCCAAUGCUUCAUAAGCUUACAACGUUGGAGAUCCGAUUCAGAAAUCCUCUUUCUGUGCCAGUUAAAGACUGCUCUCUGUUGGUGGAAGGAAGUGGUCUGGUGGACAGACAGCUUACUGCAGUGUAAGUACAACUAGAGCUUGGUUCUAGGAUCUAUAAACAGCUGUAAGACCGGAGUAGUUUUGGUAGUAAGAUUGGUCUCUGAGGAUAUACGUCCUCAUAAUUUAUAGUGAAUUGCUCUUUACAAUACGUGCUACAUGUAUCAUCUUAAAGGGACACCCUGUUGUUUAAAUAAAAAAAGUCACUAUUUAGUAGAUAUAGUAAAUAUAAUAAACAUGUGAAUGCUUUUAAUUAAGCAUUUUUAAUUGGGGAUAUAAUUAAAAAUAACUUGCAAAAGUUGCAGAUCGCUUGUUUGAAACCUUUGUAAGCCCUUUACUUCUAACACAGCCCAGAAUUUCUGUGGCUGUCCAGUCACAGAUUUCCCAGUGCAAUUCAAACAUAGAAUGUGAUGGCAGAUAAGUACCAUUCAGCCCAUAUAGUCUGCCCAAUUUUCUAAAACAUCAGGCAGUUCCACGAAAUGAUGAAGUAAAACUACGCUAUUUAAUUCAGAUGGUUUCAUAGAGACCAUCUGAUUGUCGCAGUGCAGUGUUCUGCCACGCAUGAGUGAUAAGCCCCAAUGCUGAAAUUGGAUUUGCUGAAAUUAUCGUUCUUGAUGAUCUCAGCUAAAGAGGCAGAGCUGUACACAAGGGAGGGGGAAAAGGUAAGUAAACUCACCUUUUUAACCAUGGCAGCACGGGCCAAGUCACUUAAAUGGUGACAAAGGCACUAUAGUGAUAGAAAUGAAAGAAAUACAUUUUCUUUCCCUAAAUAUCUACAGUUGUAACUGCAUGGCAUAUACUGUGCUAUCACUUGACUUUAAGUGCACACUGUUGUGGUUAUGGUACCUUGGCACCCUAUUAAUGUAACUACUAGUAGUCAAACCAGGCUUAGGUCAUUGGUUUAAAGAGAAAAUCAACUGCUAAAAUAAAAAAAAACACUGUCUAGUAGAUAUAACCCAAAUAAAAAUGUGCAUGCAUUUAAUUGUGCAUUAUAUCAUUGGAGUAUAAUUAAAAACAGUGUGUAAAAGGUUCAGUUCUCUUGUCUGCAACCUUUACAGACCCUUCCCUUCUAACCCCGCCCAGGCUUUCUGCGGUUGUCCAAUCACAAACUUUCCAAUGCAGCUCAAUGAAAAGUCUUUGCAAGGCAGGUGCUCUGAGCAAUUGCUACCUCUUGAGUUUAGCUCCACUGAGCUAACCAAACCAGUCAGUAACAGAACUGAUUGCUUGAAAGCCAAGGAGGUAUAACCAGGUUAAUUUAUGUGUCAAUUUCUAUUAAAACCUGCACUUUUUAGCAUAAUGAAAAAAAAGAGGACAAAAACGUUUUAGCAAAGUGACCCUUUAACUCAUUGGAGUGUCCCUUUAACUCAUUGGCUGAUAGCAAUCAGCUGAUUUAGCUCAGAAUAGCAAAAGGAGGCUUCAAACAGGAGAUCCCCUUCACAAAGGAGGAUGUGACCAGCACCAGGUAAAUUGUUUAAAAAAUAGCAAAUAGUUUGAUCACUUACAUAGGGGCUGCACUAUAGCUCUUCUGGCACCAUAACCACUACUUUGCACUGUAGUGGUUGUGGUGCCUGGAGUGUUCCUUCAAAAGCAGAAAAUAUACACUAUAACAAUCUAGUUAGUUCUAAAGUUCAUCCAGAUAUUACUAAAAGUGCAACCAUAUCUGUGUCCUACCAUAUCCAUUGACCUGUGCGGAUUAGGUGAUAGAUUAUUUCCCCUUUUAUAUUUAAGUGAAAAAACUGAUUGCCGUUUAUGAGAUUGUAAAACUCAAAUUUCAGGUGGAAUGUUUUAAGACUGCAUUUCAAGUGUUAUGUGUUCUUAAUAGAAUGGUGUUAAACUAGGAGUGGGUAACUCCUGACUGCGACACUAUAGCUGCUGCAGAGUAGACCUCCCUCAUGAUCGCCACUUGACUUGGUGAGAAUCAAGCGAGUUGAAUUCCACUAUAACUGGAUUGAUUGCGGCAAUAUAUUGCUGAGGAAAUGUAUAAUUAGAUAUGUAAAUAUUUAUGCUACUGUUUCUUCACUGACGGUGUUAUAUAUUUGUUCUUUUACACAGGGUUCCUUUCCUUAAACCAAAAGAGAAAAUAAGAUUCAAGGUGGAACUUACACCAUACAGGAGCGGCACCAAGCAACUUAUAGUGAAUUUCAGAUGUAAAUAUUUUUCAAUUAAAGGAUACAAGCAGCUGGAUGUGGCAUCCUCGUAACCAAACUAUAGGAAGGAACGCUGGUUCUAUCAGACCAAUCUUGGUGUUUUAAAUAUUUAUUCAGCUUGUCACGUUUUACAGUUCCUUUAUUCUAAAAGUGUUGUCUCGCCUAAUCUGUUAACAGUAAUAUUUUGUUAGUUAAAAUACAAUUAAGAACAUAAUUCUUAGAACUUUAAAUACUGAAACUCUGUAGAGUAAAAAAAAAAUAAAAUGUGAAAAUGUAAGGUUUUUAAAGGAACACUUCAACCAGUAUUUACACUACAUUAUGAAGUGGUUAUGGUGCCAGUAGUGUUCUGGUGCCCCAAUGUAAGUAGCCCAAUCACUACUUCUUUUAAGACCCAGAUGCUUCUGCUAGGGGCUUCCGUUAGCUUUCCUGAGCUAAGCUUGUUGCGCAUCAGCUGAUCACUGUAAGACAGUGAGCUAUGAGAUUCCAUUAAGGAGCUGAUUGGCGCCUAUUGGACCGCAGGUAAGCUGUCAAAAUAUUAGCAAAUGUUUUAACUACUUAAAUUGAGGGCAGGGCAAUCCUGGCACCAUAACCACUACAUUGUACUGUAUUAGUUGAUCCGUAAAGUGUUCCUUUAAUUUCUUUAGAUUUAGAUCUGUCUUAUACCAGCCAACAGUCAUGUGACACAAUGUUAGUACGAUGUUGCCAGGAUAUACUAAGCCCUGUUGUUUUGAAAAGUUUUAUUGCCAUUGCAGAAAAAAAGACUUUUAUUUAAAACCCUUGACGUGAAGUUAGAAUUUACUGAGCUGCUUGGUAUUGUUUGCUUAUCAUUCUUAAUAAUUUAUCACUCAAUUAAUGUUUUCUUUAUGUGAAAAAGCACUUUUAAGGUGUGACACAGUUGAG